AUGCAGGAACUAUGUGAACAGGCAGCACACAAAUUGCAUCUUCAGUUUCCAUAUUCGUUAUGGUUAGAAAAUGUCCAGAUAAUUAAUAUAUGGUUGCUGGCUUUAUAUAUGCAUCACCAAAUCCAUACUACUAUGUCCCCUUCUUGUUAUGGUUCUGACCAAGUUAACAAAAUUCAUGCAUGUAUGCAGAAGUGUUCGGUUUUAUUUACAUUAUUUUGCAACAAGUGUGUCAAGGUUGAAGCAGUGGUGAAUCCCGAUUCAGAAGUUGGUGUCAUGACCCUUACCCCAUGCUCAAAUUCAGUCCUAGAUGCGGAAGGGUCAGCCAGAUCACAAGGUUCAUCAGCGAAUGCCACAGAAGGUUUCAGACCAGACAUAGGCACCAACACUGGCCGUGAUCCAAAGCAUAUAAUCCAAUAGACCCCUAAGCAAGGGUCCUGAGAACAGCCAAAUGCCUCUUCACGGAGGCCUCCACGUUCUCUAUUGCUGGAUCGCCAGUUCUAGCAACAUGCUAGAAUGGGAGAGGAACUGAAGUUCUAGGCUCCAGGUCAUCAGGUAGAACCUGAAAGAGGUAGUUUGGGCUGAUGAGAGACCUCACUCAGUUUUUGACCUUGUCCAAGCAAGCUGUUGUUCACUUGGUACUCUCCAAGGUCCUGUAACCCUGAACUUACCGGUUAGACUAUAUUGCCCUCAGGUGGUCAGACAUGCUAUGAGGGUUCUUGCUCAUGUUCAGGUCAGACCAGAGGGGAGCACAAAACACACACAGGGAGAUCUUGGUGUUCGGGCAAGAUCCCAGAUCAAUCAGGAAUCUGUUUAUAGCCCUUCCUGUCCAGGAAAACACAAUAGCUAACUUGAGUUGGUGGGGCCAAUUCAGAAUCUGAGAAUUAUCCAGGCUGCAGACCAGUUCCGGGUACAUCACCAUGCAGGGCACUCAGAACUGAAAGUUCCUGGUUGCACCCCCAGUGCCUUUUGACAAAGUGAUUGGAUCUGUGGUAAUUACUGGUGAGCAUUAGAGCCCUAGCAGAACAUUACAUGGACAUAGGUCAUCUCUCCACAUUUAAUAGAGUGAAAAUUAAUAUGAUUUGGGAUAACCAUAUUUUGGUAUGGAUGAUCCUGCUUCGUUGCUCAUCUUGCACAAUAUGACCUUUUCGUCCCUGUGAUUCUCUGGACAUGCCUGGCCUCAAUUAACCUCUUUAAUAGAGGUUGAAUAAAGUGGCAUAGCACAUAUUGGUUUUUCAUUCAUAAGUAUUAACACUUCUUCAGAUUAUUAAUACUCCAAAGAAAGCAUUCAUUGUUGUUGUUCUUGAAGCACUUCUCAAAUAAUGACAAGCUCUUACAAAGGCUCACAAUCUUAAGUAGCUAGAAAUCACAAGAGGGAAGGGGAGGAAAGGCAGGAGGAACGAUAAUAUACAGAAGUAAUUUGUAAUUUAUAAAGGACAGUGCCAUCAUAAAAGAGGACAACCAAUCAAUGUUACAAGCUAAUGUUUUCCCUCUCCCCCUUUUUUUCGUUGGUUUCAGUUUUGCUUUGUGUUCUUGUAAAAGAGAGGGAAGUAUGAGAGGGGAAAAAUCAAUCCCCAAGUUGUGCUGUUAUUUCCUAAGAAGGAUGAAAGAUGCGUGGAAGCCACAGAGGAAAGACACAGAGGGAAGCAAAUAGAGCAGAGGGGAAACCAAUGAAGUGAUAAAAGGCAAUAAAAGAAAACAGCAGUAUCAUAGGUCCAGAGACAUAAAUGGAAUCUUGGUGCUCAGAAGCAACAUAUCAUUAGAGAAUUAGGGGAUACAAGGUACAAAGAACAAGCUUUGGCUAUGUGCAUCUUGCCUUUCUUUUAAAUUUUCAAGGGGCAUCUCACUAGUGACUAAAAAACUGGACUGGAUAAACUCUGGUUUUAUCUUGUAAGGCAGUUUCUGUGUAUAUUUGAAGGUUACAUAUGUGAUGGAGGGAAGUCAUACAAGGAGCAACUUUCCUUGAUUUAUCAGCCAAAUGUACAAAAUCCUCUAUCAAAUGAUGAUCUUUAUAUAUUCCAGUUCAUUUGCAUAUUCAGAUAUUUCUGCAUUUCAGUGCUAGACUGCUGCAAACUCCUUGCAUCAUGACACCUCCUCGAAACUAAUUUAAGAGCUGUUAUUCUCAGCUCAAAGUAACUGUGAGAAAAUUAAAACUCUGUCAGUUUUUCUCCGUGAAGAAGGAAGUACAGUAUAAUGAACAAAAGGAGUACUGCUUUCCACACACAGAAACAUGUAUUGCUGGAUAAUUGUGAGAAUUACCAGAAUUCGGGGGGGGGGGGAGUCAAUUCAAGAGAUCUGAUUUAAAAAUGUAGCUGAUCAUUUUAUUUUAUUUUGUCCCUGCAGUUGCUCAGUGUAGUUGCUGCAUCAAUUAUGGGCUCUUUCCCCACAUCCCUUGCCAACACUUGGAUGAAGCACAACUGAUGCUGGGACCAUCCAUCAUUGGUGUGCAGAUACUGCUGGCAUAUGGGGUGCUGAAUGGACUAAAAGCCUUGUGUGCUUGGUGCAACAUUGACAGGCAGCCUGCUUGGGAAGUACUACUCAAUGGGCUCUAAAUGGCCACUUUCAUGUUUAAGUCAGCACAUAGGCACCAGGGAUCUGCUUUACCUCUCUCCUAAAGCUGAGGUGACUACAGGCUGCAUCCAGCCUCCCAAGCGCCUUUUUAUGGUCUCCACCCCGAUUUUGCAUUUUUAAAAUAAAGUGGUACCUCAGGUUCAGCUUCAGGUUACAGACUCCGCUAACCCAAAAAUAGUGCUUCAGGUUAGGAACUUUGCUUCAGGAUGAGAACAGAAAUCAUGCUUCGGCGGUGCAGCGGCAGCAGGAGGCCCCAUUAGCUAAAGUGGUGCUUCAGGUUAAGAACAGUUUCAGGUUAAGUACGGACCUCCGGAAUGAAUUAAGUACUUAACCUGAGGUACCACUGUAUAUAAAAACACUCAGUGGAAUUCAGCACCACAUGUUUCUGAACAUUCCACAUGCAGAAGAAUUGCAGCUUGCCAGUUGGAAUGGUUCCAUCUCUCCAACAUUCCCAUGUGGUGUUCUGGGAAUUCUCCCAACGGGUGUGGGUGGUGCAGGGACAGGAGAGAGGUGGGGAAGUCUCAUUGCACAGGUGGAAGACCUUGCACAGGGCUUCUGCUGAUGGGGCAUGUUAGGUGAAUCCCACCCAUUGACUGCUCCUAUAGUAGGUCUCUUGCUGCAAUACUGUAAUGCCAAAAGUUUUGUUGUGGCCUUCCAAGCUUCUACCUCCACCCCCACCCCAAUUUGUCUAAUAUUCUCUCUCUCUCCUACUCUUGUGGGUCUCCUCUGUGAUUUGGUGAUGCCCAAAUUAUUAUUUUUUGAGAUCCCACCUCCAAUUUGUCCUGAAAAAUAAUUAAAGUUGGCCAUGUUCCACCUUUGAUGUGCAUCAUCUGGAGGACUAGCCAUAAAUCAAUGCAAAUUUUGGCCUGAAGAAAUUUAACCAUUGCUUUCCAAAGGGAUACUAAACUGAACCACCCUAUGGCUCUGACCGUGUGCUAUUGUGCUUAGAGCAUUAAUAAUUGGGAGGGGGCAUUUAUCUGAACAGUAUUGAAGCCAGGCUGCUGAAGCUCCUUGGAGUGAAAUGUGACCUGUACCAGCAGUUGGAACUUUACUGAGUUUUCUUAAAAGUUUCAUUUUCGUUUGUACUUCUGAAUUUAAGUCUAGCUUAUUUCUUUUAUAAUAUUGAAUAUAUUCUAUGGCUGCUAAUGGUUGGCUUUGUCCUGUUUUAUUUUCUCAUACAUAUAUAUAUAUAUAUAUAUAUAUAUAUAUAUAUAUAUAUAUAUUUCUCCCCACCCCCACCCCAGGACUUUUUAUAAGCAGAAUAAAAUGGCUGGAAUGGAUCUGCAGCUCCUUCCUGCAUCUGUCUCCAGAAGCAGCACAGAUGUUGCAUUUCCAUCCCAGCCUUUUUCUUCUACCUGCACCUGUCUCUGUCCCAUGGCUCUGUCUCUAUCUGUGAUCCACUUUCCAUCAUUCGCUCACACCUGCUAAAUGGCAUCUCAUUCUCUAAGGCAGGAAGAUGAAGAAACCAUCUGGAAGAAGGUACAGGGUUAUAAAGACUAGGACUAGCCGCCUGAGAGACAGUUUUUAUCCAAAUGCCAUUUUGGUUUUAAACGCAGUGUAAGGUAGUCUCUGUGGGAGUAUAUUGUAUUUAAUUAUGGGGUAUCAGAGUUUUUAGGGGGUUAACCAGGCUGGGAUAGCAGGCUCAUUGGUUUUUGAAUGUCUGAUGUAGAUUUUUUUAAUUUCGUUGUUCUCUGUGGGGCAAUGACAAUAAAGAUUAUCGCAUCGUAUCGUAACGUAAACCUUAAUCAGUUUUGGUCAGUAUGGGUUAGCUCAUUAUCUGGUUAAAGAUCAUGAAAAUUAUCUUUGUUUAUAGUUAAAGCUAUGGUUUUCCCAGUAGUGAUAUAUGGAAGUAAGAGCUGGACCAUAAAGAAGGCUGAUCGCUGAAGAAUUGAUGCUUUUGAAUUAUUGUGCUGGAGGAGACUCUUGAGAGUCCCAUGGACUGCAAGAAGAUCAAGCCUCUGCAUUUUUAAGGAAAUCAGCCCUGAGUGCUCACUAGAAGGACAGAUCCUGAAGCUGAGACUCCAAUACUUUGGCCACCUCAUGAGAAGAGAAGACUCCCUGGAAAAGACCCUGAUGUUGGGAAAGAUGGACGGCACAAGGAGAAGGGGACAACAGAGGACGAGAUGGUUGGACAGUGUUCUCGAAGCUACUAACAUGAGUUUGACCAAACUGCAGGAGGCAGUAGAAGACAGGAGUGCCUGGCGUGCUUUGGUCCAUGGGGUCACGAAGAGUCAGACACGACUAAAUGACUAAACAACAACAAUGCCUAGUUACAGCAGAAUAAUGAUGAUGAUGAUGAUGAUGAUUUUUAAAAAAAUCAUUUUAAGUAUUUCAAGUUUGUAUUUUUUAAAAUAAAGUUUAGUUGUUAAUUAAAAAAUAAGUUUAGUGAAAUUUUAGUUCCUGUGGUUUGAUAAAUAAAAAAUAAUGUCCUUUGUGAAUGUGUAUGAGUAUGCAUUCAAUAAACAUUCGUCUUAUAAACAACAACAACCCUGGGUUCAUACCCUAAUGAAAUGUGCUACACACACCUAUGCAGCAGUAUUUUUUUUUUCUGGGCACCAGCUGCUGGGGAGCUGCAUCAGGAAAGAACUACAGUGGUGCUCCGCAAGACGAAUGCCUCGCAAGACGGAAAACUCGCUAGACGAAAGGGUUUUCCGUUUUUUGAGCUGCUUCGCAAGACGAAUUUCCCUAUGGGCUUGCUUCGCAAGACGAAAACGUCUUGCAAGUUUGUUUCCUUUUUCGUAAAACCGUUAAUACCCAGGGUGCAUUGCUUGAAGAGGUGCAGUUGCGACUUGACUUCGAGGAGCAACUCAUAGCACGCGGUGUGGUAGCCUUUUUUUGAGGUUUUUGAGGACUUUGCUGAUUUUUGAAGCUUUUCCAAAACUUCUUUUGCAGCCGUUUGGUAAGUUAAACUUUUAAAACUUUUUGGGGGGGUUUUUGGAUUUUGGGUUGGGGUGUUUGGAAUUCAAGGACUUGGUGUUGGGGAGAGGUUUGCAAGAAUCUGGGAGCUUGUGUGGGUUUUUCCUGCAUUUUUAUGAUUUUUUGUGACCAUUGGGGCACUCUGCUGUUUUUUUUAAAAAAAAUUCUGGGUUUGAAUUUCUGUGUGGUGGGUGGCUGGAGGAACAGUUGAGGAGGGGUUUGCAAGAAUCUGGGAGCUUGUGUGGUUUUUUUCUGCAUUUUUAUGAUUUUCUGUGACCAUUGGGCCAUGUUGUUUUUUUUUCAAAAAAAAUUUCUGGGUUUGAAUUUCUGUGUGGUGGGUGGCUGGGGGAACAGUUGAGGAGGGGUUUGCAAGAACCUGGGAGCUUGUGUGGGGUUUUUCUGAAUUUUUUUUGAUUUUCUGUGACCAUUGGGCCAUUAAAAAAAAAAAUUCUGAGUUUGAAUUUCUGUGUGGUGGGUGGCUGGGGGAACAGUUGAGGAGGGGUUUGCAAGAAUCUGGGAGCUUGUGUGGGGUUUUUUGAAUUUUUAUGUUUUUCUGUGACCUUUGGGCCAUGUUGUUUUUUCAAAAAAAAAUUUCUGAGUUUUAACUUGUGUGUGGUGGGUGGCUGGGGGAGCUGCUGGGGUGGGUUUUGCAACAGUUGGGGAGGGGUUUGCAACAGUUGGGGAGGGGUUUGCAAUUUCUGUGUGGUGGGUGGGUGGCUGGGGGAACAGUUGAGGUUUUUGAAGACUUUGGUGAUUUUAAAGCUUUUCCAAAACUUCUUUUGCAGCCAUUUGAGGAUUUUGAAGACUUUGGUGAUUUGCAGCCAUUUCGUAAGUUAAACUUUUAAAACUUUUUGGGGGGGUUUUGGAUUUUGGGUUGGGUGUUUGGAAUUCAAGGACUUGGUUCUGGGUUUGAAUUCCUGUGUGGUGGGUGGCUGGGUGCUUUUGAAUUUUUUGGGUGUGAAGCACUGAUUAUUAUUUUUUUCUGAGUUUACGAAGCUAGGAGCUGUGCUGCCAUGGGACCCAAGAAGACUGCUGCUGCAGAGGCCGGCGAGAGGAAGAAGGAGAAGGUGACGCUGGAAAUGAAGAAGGAGAUCAUCCGGAAGCACGACGGUGGAAUGCGUGUGACAGACCUCGCCAGGGAGUACGGCAGGAACCCAUCGACCAUCGGCACCAUCCUGAAGAUGAGGGAGAAGAUCCUUGCGACUGAUGCAGCCAAGGGAGUCACCAGGAUCGUGAAGAACCGCCCAGCUGUUCUGGAGGAGGUGGAGAAGUUGCUGCUCAUCUGGUUGGAAGAGAAGCGGCGUGCAGCGGACACAGUGACUGAGGCCGUGAUUUGUGAGAAGGCCAAGGCCUUGCACGCAGACCUCGUCUGGGAACAGCCAGGAACCUCAGGCGAGCCAUAAGUCUUCAAGGCAAGCAGAGGCUGGUUUGAGCGGUUCAAGACAAGAUCUGGAAUCCACAGCGUGGUCAGGCAUGGAGAGGCUGCCAGUUCUGAUGUUCCUGCGGCUGAAGACUUUGCAUUGGAGUUCCUGGAGGCUGUGAAGACGGAGGGCUACGUUCCACAGCAGGUCUUCAACUGCGACGAGACCGGGCUGUUUUGGAAGAGGAUGCCCAAAAGGACUUUCAUCACUCAGGAGGAGGCCAAGUUGCCUGGCCACAAGCCCAUGAAGGACCGUCUGACCCUGCUCUUCUGUGCCAACGCAAGCGGCGACCUGAAGAUCAAGCCCCUGCUGGUGUACCACUCGGAGAACCCACGGGCCUUCAAGAAACACAAGGUCGACAAGGAGCAGCUGAGUGUCAUGUGGCGAUCCAACAGUAAGGCUUGGGUCACACGUGUGCUGUUUGUGGACUGGGUCAAUCUUGCUUUUGGCCCUGCUGUCAAACAGUACCUGCUGGACAACGACCUGCCGCUGAAGGCUUUGCUUCUGAUGGACAAUGCUCCUGCUCAUCCUAAAGGCCUUGAGGAGGACUUGUUGGAGGAGUUCAGCUUCAUCAACAUCAUGUUCCUGCCGCCUAACACCACGCCACUGCUCCAGCCGAUGGAUCAGCAGGUCAUCGCCAAUUUCAAAAACUCUACACCAAGGAGCUUUUCAGGCGAUGCUUCGAGGUGACUGAUUGCACCACCAUCACCCUGCGGGAAUUCUGGAAGGACCACUUCGACAUCGUCACCUGCUUGAAGAUGAUCACCACGGCCUGGAAAGGGAUCAGCCAGAGAAAUUUGAAUUGCGCUUGGCGCAGCCUGUGGCCGGACUGUGUGGCACCAAGUGACUCUGAUGCACCAGAGUCAACAGUGGUGCAGGACAUUGUUGCCUUGGGGAGGACCAUGGGCCUGGAGGUCACAGAGGAGGACGUCUGCGAGCUGGUGGAGGAGCACGACCACGAGCUGACCACCCAGGAGCUGGUCGAACUGCAGGCAGAGGCUGCGCAGGAGCAGGCCUCGCUGGAAGAGGAGGAAGCAACUGAGGAACGGCUGUCCUCCAAAGAACUGAGGGACAUUUGCAUGAAGUGGAAGGAUGUGCAGGCUUUUGCACAGUGGCACCACCCUAACAAGCACAUGGCACAUGACCUUGCGAACACUUUUGAUACGACGGUCAUGUCACCUUUCAGGGAGGUGCUGAAAAGGCGGAUGAAGCAGCAGACCAUGGACAGGUUCUUCAGCAAGAAGCAAAGAGUGGAAGAGGAACCUUCUUCGAGUGGUCCCCCAGAGUCUUAGAAAAUGUAAUGUACACUUUGUUGAUUUUUAAAUGUUUUUCCUGUCAUGUUUAGAAACUUAAUUUAUUGUUCCUUCAAUUUUUGAAAUGCUCUUUACAGUAUGUGUGACUUUAAAGAGCACUUAAUAAACUCUUGUUGUACCAAAUUUGGCUUUGUUUGGACUUUUUUUGACCAUAGGAACGCAUUAAUUGAAUUUCAAUGCAUUCCUAUGGGAUUUCGUGCUUCGCAAGACGAAAAAUUCGCUAGACGAAAAAACUCGCGGAACGAAUUAAUUUCGUCUUGCGAGGCACCACUGUAUUAACUGCAAACCCUGCCUAAGGGCUUUUGAGAAUAAUUUGUUUGUCCACUGUAGUAUACUAAACCAAAUAGACAUUUGGCUUGUUCCAGCAAGAUUGCUCUUAUGUCCUCAUCCUCAGAUUGCAGUCCUGUGCACACUUACUUAUGAGCAAUAAGAUCCACUGAAUUCAGGGAUAUUCAGGGAUUGUUUUCUGAGAAAUUAUGCUAGAGUUUCCUCCAAACAGAAUCUGAUACAAUAGCACAAAAUGAUUCCCAAAAUUUCUAUUUAGGUUUUUAUUAUGUAAUAUUCUCCUUAGGCAAUGUGGAAAUGGGACAUUUAGGUCACUAUGGUGCAUUUAUAGUUUUCAAAAAGUAAGUGUGGAGCACUUUCCUCAAGUCACUUUAAUGCACCUUCCAUUUUCAUUCAACAGAUGUCACUGUAACACAGGCCAGGCACAGAAUACUGUUUGACAAGGAGUGGGAAGAUUUACCGGUAAGUGUAUAGCUGUUAUGUGUAUUUAAAGAGCAUUUUUCAGUGUACCAGGUUGAAUUUCUAUAUUUAUUUAUAAAUGUUCCCCAGCAUCUUACAAUAGUAGAUUACUUGCAGGGUAGGGAAAUGAAUUCCUUAUGUAAGGUCAACAUUUGGAAUUUCCAAGUUGAAGCACUGAGAAGGGAUUCUGAUUUGAUGUUUUGGAAGUAAAAUUAAGAAAAACAAUUAAAAUUUAUUCGUGGAGCAAACUUGGCUUAUAAACCAAAGCGUAGGUCAAUUUUAUUUCAUUCAUGGAUCUAGACAAACUUAUUUACUUCAACUUUCUCUCCUUCACUUAGAAUAUGAAUAUGAAUAUAUUUUGUUUCAAUAGGACUUAAUCACAAUUAGCUUUCACCAUCCUCUGGGAAGCCACACACACAGCUUUAUUGCUGUCCAUAGACCCAAAAUACACAGUGCAACAAUAGUAUAUACAGUAUGAAUAGUUAUUAAGGUGUAGGAACUGGGAAGUCUAUACUCUUGAGGCCCAACCCGCAUGCCAUCUAAAUGAUGGUUUAACGUUAUGUGCACCAGCUGCAAUGAGACUCAUUGUCUUCCUCCAUUGCAUGCUGAAAAACUGAAGGUUUUCGCAAUAGUUUUAAACAAAUUGAAGUUUCUUGUUUAACCUGAAUACGGGAAACUGUGGCUUGUGCAAACAGGACUGGCAUGUUAUCAGGCAAAAUAAGGGAGCUGCAGGUGCUGAGGGCCGGCAAUUUCCUACCCCACUCUCCCCACUCUCCCCAGCCAUUCUUCCUAAGACUCCAUCAUGUUUUGAUGAUGGAACACUAGAAAUUAUUCAUUGGGUAAAUGCAACAUUGGGGGAGGGCAGUGCAUUGGUGCACUGACAGCAGUUUCCAGACUAAGGGUGUGUUUACGUUAACACUAUUUUUUUAAUAAUACAAUGGUACCUCGGGUUACAUACACCUCAGGUUACAGACUCCGCUAACCCAGAAAUAGUACCUCGGGUUAAGAACUUUGCUUCAGGAUGAGAACAGAAAUUGCGUGGCAGCGGCACGGCAGCAGCAGGAGGCCCCAUUAGCUAAAGUGGUGCUUCAGGUUAAGAACAAUUUCAGGUUAAGUAUGGACCUCCGGAACGAAUUAAGUACAUAACCUGAGGCACCACUGUAAUUUUAUUUCACAUUUCCAGCAGAUGUAAUACAUUUGUUCUAUAGUGUCAAAGUGAACUGAACUCGUUUAUGAACAGUGCAUAAAAGCAGUUUGAUGUCUGAAUAUUUAAUGUAUGUAUAUUAUAUACCUUAACCGACUUUCAAUAAAACAUUGCCAGUUUGUUCCAGUGGUUUAGUAAAGAACUUAAACUUCAGAGUACAGCAUGUAUGAGGUACAAAUAUAAAAUCAGUGCAGCUUUUAUUAGUUUUUCUGUGAAAGCUAUCUUUUAAAAACAAACAACAACAAAGAAAACAGUAAUUCUCAAAACUGUAACCCUUCAAACUGAGGUAUGCUAGUCCAGAGAAAUAAAAGCUAUGGAGUUGCUUUCUGUUUUAUUGUGAGGUACCAAGAAGAAAAAGCAACAGUGAGAACAAAUAAUGACUAGUUUGGCGUUGUCUUUGUGCCAAGUCCUGCUGUUUUUAUUCAUACAAAACUCCAUUGAUCUCAUGCAUUUAAGAAUGAUUUCACAUGCAGCAAUAGCUGUGAUCCUUAAAAAUGCUUCUUAUGUAAUUAUUUUUACACCCGUGCAAAAUAGACAUCUAAUUGGAGUUCUUUGAUUAAAGUACUUUCAUAAUACUGUGCUGUUCUCAUCAGGCAUUUAUUUACACACAAACAAGGGCUGCUGCUUCUGCUCGCUUGACUUGCCCACACUGCCCACCCCACCCCCUCUCCAAAACUAUUCCCCUGAUCAUAAAGAUCAGCCAAACCACCUCACCUUUCCUUGGAGCUUCUCCAAGUCACCACCCUCCCUCUCCCAUUACACCUCGCAGCUGCUGUGGGAGAUGGGAGAGAAAAGCCUCCCUGUUGCUGCUUGCUCACUUUCCUGCCCACCUGCUGUUCCAGUGGCAUAUUGCAGUUUGGUGGCCAUGUGAACUGCAGCGUGAUGACAUCCUUACACACACACACUAUGUGCAAACUGCAAAAAUAAGUUCUGACAUAUUGGUUGAGUCUGGAUUAACCAUUAAGCCACAUACAGUGUGCUCUAGCUGUAGCAGAGUUCCAGCCAAGAUGGAUUAGUCAAUGUCCCAGUAUAUGCCUUUCAGUAGGUCAUCCCAUUGGAAGAAGCCACUGGUAGCCAGAGUAGCUCUUCAUCCUCAAAGCACCUGUAAGUAGCUAUGGCCCAAGGUACCCCUCUAAUGAUCUCCUGUCCCUGUGCAUCAGGCACAUAUCAUCAUGAAAGUGUACGUACUGCCUUUCAGUGUUGGCUGGUGGAAACACGUACAGAGAUUUUUUGGUUCUCUUUAGUAAAAGAAAAGGAAAAAAAGAUGCUGUAUCACGAGAGUGAUGAGCAGAGAUGGUACUUCUUUGUGCCUGAAAAGCAGCUGGGACCUGACAGCACAGGUACCUUUUGUUUUGGCAACUAGAAGCCACUGCAGCCACUAAGAGGUUUCAUAUUUUUGUUUGAUGCCUUGUUAAGAGACAAAGGUAGGAACCAAAGUUAAGAGUGACUUGGCUUGCAGAGUGAGCUUGUUCCGUUUCUCCUGUUAGGCUGUAGUUCCUUUUAGAUCAGGCAUAGGCAAACUCGGCUCUCCAGAUGUUUUGAGACUACAAUUCCCAUCAUCCCUGACCACCGGUCCUGUUAGCUAGGGAUGAUGGGAGUUGUAGUCCCAAAACAAAUGGAGGGCUGAGUUUGCCUAUGCUUGUUUUAGAUUAUAGAAUCACUGAAUACAACCAGGGGUGGUUUGAUAAUGAUGUUCAAAUUGCUAUUUGCAUUUCCUGUAGCUUUUCAUAAGUGUGUCACUGUAGUACAUGCUAAAAGUUAGUGUAUUUGCAUUCCUAAUUGUACUAUCAACACAGUUUUCUGGUGUAGGAGAUAAUAUACACACAGAGGUUUAUAGCUGUUUUGCAUCUGGCCCACAAUAAUACACAUCUUUCAGACUGAUCACAGAACACGCAUACAGACAUUUUGAAUUUAAGACCUAAUUUUCCAGGGUCUGUUAUUUAAUCUAAUCCAAAAAUGGCAGUUCCCAAUAUGUACCAUGUCACACACACAGAUAAAUUCAAAAUCAAUGUACACGAGAGACAAAAAAAUGCAGUAUUAAUGUAGUUUAUGAAAGAGCCCAAAGGUAUGAUUAAAAUAAGUGUAUUGCAUGUUAAAGCAUAUGAGAAUGUACCUCUACAUUCCUCUUAUUAUUAGUUUUAGAUAUUUUGCAAGGAUGAGCAUCUGGAGGUAGUUUUUUGGGCGGGGGCAGGUAGGUAAAUGCUAAAAGGGAGGUUCAUGCCAAUUUCACACAAACACGUGAGCGUAGUAUCUGCACCUUUUGCCUUAUAUCUCAGGUUUUACAAAUGACAGAAACUUGUUCUUUUCUAAAAUAAAUGAAAGCUGGGAACCUGGGGAUUAUGGUUCAUCCAAGGAGACCAAUUCCCCUCCCCCUGUGGACACCUGUGCUUGAAAGCCUUCCUACACACAUAGAAUCUACGCUAAAAUUAUGAAGACUAUGUUAUAGGUAUCCUGGCAGGUGGUAUACCCAAAGUGGAUUGUGUUUAAAUGUUUUUGGCAGCAUUCUUAUACUCAUGUGGGAGUGCAAUACAAUACACAUCUACUUAGCAGGAAGCCACAUUGAGUUGUUCCCAGCAGGUAAGUGUUCAUAGGGGCAUAUUCCUAGAUAAGUGUGCCUAGGAUUGAAGUCUUAGAAACACAUUUGAUAUCCAUGGCGGUGAUCCAGAUCCAUAACCAUCAAACGAAGAAGGAAUGUUGCCCUAGGUCACAUGAGAAAGCACCUGUGUUUUGUUUUUCUUGGGUUGCCUAAGUGUGUGGCUUGGCUACCUGCCAUCGUUAUCAUCAUCACUAUUUAUACAGCGCCCACCAUGUACAUGGCACCUUACAAAGCUUACACAGGCAAUCAGUAAUUACAGUACUUUUCUCUGUAAGCACCUUACUGCUCAAACCUAAGUAUACACAUUCAGAAUACCUACUAAGUUCAGUAGGUCUUCCUAGUAAGUAUGGUUAAUUUUGCAGUUGUGAUGUGUCCUGGUUUUGGUUUGCUAGAAGGCAGAUACUAUCUUGCAGCAAUUAGCUAGACUAGAUGGCCUGCUGUUUCCAUUAUUUCCAUGAGAGCUCGCACAACCAGUUGCUGGAAAAAUACGGGUGGGUGGUAUUUCCCUCAUUUUCUUUUGUGGGUUCCCCAGAGGCAUUUGGCUAGUCACAAGAGGAAACAGGACCCAGCAGGACUCUCUGCAGUGCCGGGGGGGGGCAAGCUGGGGUUGGGGGUUUUUUUGCCUCAGGUGAAGCCUCCAGAGGGGCACCAUUGAGGCUCCCAGCCUGUGUGUGUGUGUGUGUGUGUGUGUGUGUGUGUACACAAAUGCCAAACUGGGUCUUUGACCCAGGUGAAAAAAACUUAAUUUUCAGCCCUGCUCUCUUUAUGCUCUUAAAAUUGUUUUUGACAAGCUGGUGCUCUCCAGAUGUUUUAACUGCAACUUCGACCAGGCUGGUGGAAGUUGUAGCCCCAAACAGCUGGAGAAUGCAAGCUUGGCAAAGGCUGCCUUUCAUCAACUUGUGUGGAACUGUCACAUACUGAAGCAUUCAGACACAUGCAGACUUAAAUUGAUAUGAUCAUGUAUCAUGCAAGUCCUCUGGAUAUAUAUGAAUUGUAUAAUUUAUUUUAUUGGUGAUGGUGAAGUAAAUGUUCUAGUUAUCUAACUUGGGGGAGACACUAUAGCUUAUGCAUUGUAUCCAGAAUACACCACAAAUCCAGCAUGUGCCCUUAUAAUUCUCACAAUCUAAUAUUCCAAUUAUCUGAACAUUUUGGAUGUCGAACCCACAAACUACUUGAAUAAAGGAGGAUAUUCACUGAUAGUUGUUUUCAGGUAAGGAGAUUUCAGACUUUUUUCAGAGUACUGUGUUGAACAGGAGUUGCUUCCAAAGAAAUGUUUUGAGGAUUACAUCCUCAAAGGUCAAUCUUGCUUCAGUUGACGUAAGUAACAAAACGCCUAUUACAAUAAAUAGGGGAGUUAAUGACUGGAAACCUAAGUAUCCUGACCCAAAAUUAAUUUCCACUGUUUAUGAAUUCAACGUGACUGUCAUGUACUGAGUUGAAUAGGAUCCAAACUGCAGCAGUCUGAUUGGUCCUAGAACAAUAGGAUCCAAAUUGCAGCAGUCUGAUUGGUCCUAGAACAAUAGGAUUCAGAAUGCAGCAGUCUGAUUGGUCCUAGAACAAUGCAGCAGUAUGAUUGGUUGGCAGGAACCACCCAGUCAUGCUCCAGAUAUAAGUGAAUCCAUAACCUGAUGGGCUUACAGUAGAAUUCCAGAAUUAGCCAAUCAUGUGCAGCCCAUUGUGUAAAUAAUGUAUAUAAAGCAGAUACUUUGAGGGGACUUUCAUUCAUUCCUCCUCACCACUAUGAGCUGAAUAAAGAGCAUGAAAUCACCUUGCGACUCUGAGUAUAUUUCACUGGCGACGAGGAUGGGAUCCCGCUGAGCUGACUGCCACACACAGCACCGCAGCACCGCCACCUGCCGCACCACUGCCUCGCACCGUGUAUCCAGGCUUCAGCUCCGGGACACAAGGAACUCAGAAUGGCAACCAACAGCAGCUUCUCACCGUUCAACCCAGCAUCUGGAGACUGGGAAGUGUACGCCUCCCGUUUCACCUUCCUCCUAGAAGCCAAAGGGGUCACCGAUGAAGAAGACGCCAAGAAGAGGGCGAUAUUCUUAAGCAUCUGCGGAGAGGAGACGUUUGAAAUUGCCCGGGCUCUCCUUGCUCCUGAAGACGUCGCUACUGUUCCAUACAAAACAAUAAUAGAACAGCUGAAGGGGCACUUUUCACCGCAGCCCUCAGUGGUGGCUCGUCGAAAUGCCUUCUACGCAAAGCAGCAAGCCCCUGGGGAAACCAUAACUGGGUUUGUGACCUCUCUCCGCCAAGCCGCCCGGUUCUGCAACUUCUCAGAGCUGGAGAACAUGCUUCGGGACCGCCUCGUUGGUGGCCUGAAGAAUGAGAAGCUGCAACGACGCCUCUACACUAAGAAGGACCUAACGUUCCAGGUCGCUCUGGAGGAGGCCCUGGCAACGGAAGCUGCCAAGAAGUCGACGCAAGAGGCACGGCCGAGCCUGCCAUCCCAACCGAGGGUCCACCACGAAGACCUCACCGACGACUCAGGAUCUGACAGGGAGGAGGUGCACCGAGUACAGCAGCGCACUCAAGCAGCCCACAUACCACAGCUGCCUCGACGAGAAGGAGGGAACUGCGCAAGCUGCGGGGAAAGUCACGAGAGGAGGACCUGCCGUUUCCGCAACGCAGAGUGCAGGCAGUGCAGAAAAUCGGACACAUCGCCCGGGUGUGUCAAGCUCGGCCCACCCGACACCAGGCAUCAGAUGACAAAUCCAAGAGCCCCAGGUCCCGGGGCCCAACGCACCAAGGCAACUCGACGGAGCUCAUGGACUUCCAGGUAUACCAGUUGUCCCACCCCAACGUAGAGAAAAUUUAUGUAGAGGUACAGAUAGAGGGGGCCCCAUGCCGCAUGGAGCUUGACACGGGUUCAACUCUAUCCAUAAUCUUGGCAAGGACCUUAAGGAAACUGUGUCCUACUGGGGGUCCCAAACUCAGGCCGGCCCCAUUCACCCUCCGGGACUUCCAGAAACGUAAGGUCCCCACAAUGGUGGUGGGGACCUUCAGGGUGCAAUACCGAGGGCGGACGCGGCAACUGGACUUGCUUGUGGUCAAGGGCCCCUACAUUAGCUUACUGGGAUUGGCAUGGUUUGGACCACUGGGGCUAGCCAUCACCGGGGUGAACCACACUACCUUACAAGUGGACGUGGACGCCAUAUGCAAGGAAUUUCCAGGGGUUUUCGAUGGGAAAUUGGGACAGUAUACAGGCCCCCCCAUUGCUCUACAGCUUGACCCCGCAGUACGACCGGUCAGGCUCAAGGCCCGCCGGGUCCCGUUCGCCCUGAAACCCCGUAUAGACGAGGAAUUGGACCGGCUCGUGGAGCAAGGAGUGCUGGAGCCGGUGCCUAAUACCCCCUGGGAAACCCCAAUCGUCACACCCGUCAAACCUAAUGGUUCGGUCCGCAUCUGCGCAGACUACAAAUGUACAAUAAACAAGGCCCUCACGGCCCAUGCAUACCCAGUGCCAGUGGUCAGCCAUGUCCUUGCCACCCUGGCUGGGUCGAAAAUUUUUGGCAAGCUGGACUUGGCUGCCAGUAGAUGAGGCCACAGCAGAGGCACAGACGAUUGUGACGCACAGAGGAGCGUUCAGGGUAAAGCGGCUGCAAUUCGGUGUCAGUGUGGCACCAGGCAUAUUCCAGAAUCUAAUGGACUUGCUCCUUAAAGGGAUUCCUGGCAUCACCCCCUUCUUCGAUGAUGUGUUGAUUGCCGGGCCCACACCAGAGGAGUCUGAGGACCGCCUCCGCACCGUUCUGCACCGUUUCCAGACGGCGGGUCUCAAGGUGAAGCGGGAAAAAUGUCUACUAGGAGUGCCUCAGGUGGACUUUCUGGGAUUUCUGGUGGACGCAGAAGGGGUCCACCUGACUGGGGACAAGGUACGGGCCAUUUGUGAUGCCCCAGCGCCCAAGAGCAAGACUGAACUUCAGGCCUUCUUGGGACUAUUGAACUUCUACCAUUCCUUCCUUUUCCACAAGGCGGCGGUAGCGGAGCCCCUACACAGACUCCUGGACAAGCGGGCCCCUUAGGUGUGGGGCCAGCGCCAGGAGGCUGCAUUCCAGGCAGUCAAGGACUUGCUUGUCUCAAACUCGGUCUUGGCACACUUCGAUGAGAGGCUGCCGGUGGUGCUAGCAUGCGACGCCUCGCCCUAUGGCAUUGGUGCUGUCCCGGGACACCAACUCCUGGAUGGAAGAGAGGUACCGGUAGCAUACUUUUCCCAGACACUCAACGCAACCGAGCGGAACUACUCCCAAAUAGACAAGGAGGGGCUGGCAAUCGUGAAGGGAGUAAAAAAAUUCCAUGAUUUCUUAUACGGGCGGCCCUUCACCAUGGUGACCGACCACAAGCCGUUGCUUGGCUUGUUUGCCCCCGAAAAGCAGACCCCCCAAGUGCUGUCUCCUCGCGUCCUCAGGUGGUCAAUUUUCCUUGCCAGCUACCAGUAUGCACUGAUUCACCGCCCGGGGAAGGCGAUGGGCCAUGCGGACGCCCUCAGCAGGCUACCGCUACUGGAAACAGGCCCCGACCCAGCACCUGCACAAGAGGUUAUGAGCCUGGAGCUGCUUCCCGACCGCCCCAUUCAGGCACAAGAAGUUGCACACCAUUCCAAGAAAGACAGGGUCAUCUCCCGGGUCCUGGACUGGGUGUGGAGGGGAUGGCCCAGCAGCAGCCCUGGGCCAGAAUUCACUGGUUACACAACCCGCAAACAUGAACUGUCGGCCCACAAGGGGUGCCUGUUAUGGGGAAGCAGGGUCGUUGUUCCCCAGCCCCUCCGCAAAAGGGUCCUCACAGCCCUACACGAGACACACCCAGGGGUAGUAAGAAUGAAGGCCCUGGCCAGGAGUUAUGUGUGGUGGCUGGGGAUCGACGGAGAGAUAGAGGCCUGGGUCAAACACUGCCAGGCCUGCCAUGAAUCCCGCCCAGAUCCCCCAAGGGCCCCAGUCCAGUCCUGGGAGUCCGCCCGAGCACCAUGGUCACGCCUGCAUGUGGACUUCGCUGGCCCCUUUCAGGGGAAAACAUUCUUCAUAGUGGUGGACUCCUACACCAAAUGGUUGGAAGUCGCACUGGUACCGUCCACUUCUACCUCCGCAGCCAUCCGGGUACUAUGCAGGCUGUUUGCAACCCACGGGCUCCCUGACACUCUCGUCUCAGACAACGGGACUGCAUUUACGUCAGGAGAAUUCCAAACCUUCACAGCGCAGAACGCCAUCUGCCACAUCCGUUUGGUGCCAUUCCACCCUGCCACCAAUGGCCAAGCAGAACACAUGGUGCGGACCAUCAAGGACACCCUUCGCCGCAUGACGCAAGGGGAUUGGGAGUACCGCCUUGCCACAUUCCUCCUAGCACAGCACAGCACCCCCAGCUCAACGUCUGGCCAGAGCCCCGCUGAACUACUAAUGGGUUGGCGCCUUGCAAUCAGAUUGGACCGCCUUCACCCCGAUAGAGCUCAGGAUGAGGUAGUGGUGGGGGAAGGCAGGAAUCCCCGGAACUUCGAGGCCCAGGACCCAGUGUACGCAAAGAAUUUUGGGGCAGGCCCAGCAUGGGUACCCGCCACAGUCACCAGGGUCACUGGCCCCGUGUCGUACGAGGUGCUAACGGAUGGGGGGCAAUGCUGGCACCGCCACUGCGACCAGAUACGGCGACGAUUCCUGGGAGAAAACCGGGAGGAGGAAAGGUCAGAGGAGUCCCAAGGGAACAGUGGGGCAGUGAGGCCCAUAGAGCAGGAGGGGCCAGCAGGAGAGGCAGAAUCAGUAAAUACAGAGAGGACCCGCGAGGCCGAAAGGACACCGGAACCAGAACCACGACUGAGCGAGCUGGUUGUGCCAGACCAAACAGGCCCAUCACAGCCAGCAUCCUUGGAACACGAGCCAGAACCUGAACCCCGGACCAGGGAACACCACAGGCCGCAAUGCACACGUAGGCUGCCGGCGUACCUCGAGGACUAUGAAUGCGACCUCCUGGGCAGGACUGGAACUUAGAGGGGAGGGGUGUUAUGUACUGAGUUGAAUAGGAUCCAAACUGCAGCAGUCUGAUUGGUCCUAGAACAAUAGGAUCCAAAUUGCAGCAGUCUGAUUGGUCCUAGAACAAUGCAGCAGUAUGAUUGGUUGGCAGGAACCACCCAAUCAUGCUCCAGAUAUAAGUGAAUCCACAACCUGAUGGGCUUACAGUAGAAUUCCAGAAUUAGCCAAUCAUGUGCAGCCCAUUGUGUAAAUAAUGUAUAUAAAGCAGAUACUUUGAGGGGACUUUCAUUCAUUCCUCCUCACCACUAUGAGCUGAAUAAAGAGCAUGAAAUCACCUUGCGACUUUGAGUAUAUUUCAGUGACUUAACGUCCUAAUUAAUGGGUUUACAAUUCAGUGUACUGAUAUCUGGUACUAGGGCUUUGUACAGAUUCCCAUCCAGCGUGCUCCUCCUCCCACCACCGGUUUGGGAAGUGAUGCACGCACCACGGUUUGCCACAAUCCAUACUGACAGUGUACCUAUCCUUACGAAGUAAUACUGCACACCCACCCACCAGCUUCGAUCCAAACGGGGGGCGCGCGCGCAAGAAUGACCUAUCUGAAUUUUAAGUCAGUAAUGUAUACACAGCCCUGUUUGCGAGCUACUGGGCGGGCGGGCGGGGGGGUGGGAAAUCCACCAAGAAAGGACGCAUUAAGGAGGAAAGCCUGCGCAUACUACUGACCUACACUGCAAACAUGCUUAACAGUUUCCUGCACGUUGCAUCCUUGGCGCCUCUCCCCUCCCCUCCUCCCUGGCACAUGCAACAGUAGUCAUAAAAUAGAGUGGGGAGGGGGACGAAAAAGCAUCCACCCUGAGGGAAAUCCGUGCUCGGGAGCGACGAACAAGAUGAAAAUAUAUAUAUAUUCUUCUCCCCUGCCUGUUUUGAGCCCCCACCUGUUUCUGCCUGUUUCACAUACGCUGCUUAGUCAUGACAGCACCAGCUGCUGGUGCUGCUUAUGCCUCCCUCACGAGCACCCAGCCCCCCUCCCUGCCCCUCUCCCCACCCUUCCCUCUCUCCCUGGCAGCAGCAGCUGCUACUUCCCAGUCACGACUCCCCUGCUGCUACCAGCCCCCCUUCCCCCCCUCCAUUUCUCCCUCUCCCGGCUCCAGCUGCCAGGCAGCGGCGGCGGCAGCAGAGGUAAAAGCAGCAGCAUUAGCCACCGCCGCCUCCGUCUCCAUCACGGCCCCUGUGGUUGCUCGGGAACUGCAAAGCCAACCGAGCCUGGGCGUGCGGUGGGCGGGGCCAAGCCGCGAGGAAAAGGCGGGCGUGGGGGUGGAGUCACGGCGGCGAAGGCCGCGGAGACCCCCGCCCAUCUCCAGCCCACCGUGGCGCAAAGCGAGCGCGGUGUGUGUGCGGAGGGGGGAAGGAGGCGGGCGCUUGGCCCCAUUGGUUCCCGUGGAGCUAAGGGCGUGGCCUCCUCCGCCCCGUGCUCCUUUCCCAUUGGCGGGGGUGAGUGUCAGUGGACCAAACGAGACCGCGGGCGGUAGGCAAGGGGAGGAGGGAAGGCCCGUGUCGGUAAACACCUCCCUCCAAGCCUUGCAAGCGGGUAGCGGGUUUGGCUGAGAACGAAGCGAGCGAGCUGCGAGGCAGAGAGAGGAAGGCGUGAGGCAAGUGCGGGGAGGAAUUUUUCCAUUUUUUUCACGCGGGCGGGCAAUAACGAAGGCGGCGCCAGGGAGGCAGUGGCGGUGGCGAUAGCGGCGGCAGCAGCAGCGCUGAGGGACGGAGCGGCGGGGGAUGCGAGGCCCGGUAAGCACUCGGGAGUGGAGGCGUUUACCUGACCCACCUGUCGCCCACAUUGCAGUUUCCCCUCAGCCUCCCUCGCCCCCUCCUCCCCCUCCCCAUAACCGCCCCCCUUUUUUUCAAAUCCCACCCACAGCCCUCAGCCCCCCAGAACACGCCGUAGUUGCCACAGAUGCCGCCUACUUCCUCGCCUCUCUCUCUCUCCCUCCCCCCCCUCAGACCCCACCACCUCCAAAUUUCCUUCCUGCUGUUCCCUUUCCCCAACCGAAGCGCAAGUCCCAUUGGGCAUUUCCUCUCCCCUCACCAUCCAUUUCCCUACAGGGCUGCUGCUUCUGCUUCUUUUUAAAGGGGGGGUAUUCUGGUGGUUGCUGUUAGGGGUAUUUUCCCAGCCGCCACCGCCACCGCCUCUGUCUCCAGCAGGAGCAGCAAGACCAAGGGCUUGCCAGACCCCCGCAUCCAUUAAUAUGUUGUACUGGGAGUGAUGGUGGCGUUGGAGACCUCGGCAUGAUCCAUCUCGCCGGACUGCUUUUAUGUGCUUGGUAUUCUCGUGGUGCUUUGAGAUGAAGGCAAGAGGAGCCAGCCCAGGCAGCUUUUCCUCCUUCGCUGCUUCUCCUUGCCUAUUUUUAUUCUUCUGGUAUGUCAUACAUGUGGCUUUCUUCCCUCUCUCUCUCUCUCUCUCUCCCCCCCCCCCCAUCUCUUCUCCCCCAGUGAGUUAGGUGUGAGCAAUAUUAUGUAUGCAAUUGCGCUGCAGACUCGUGUUCUGUGCUGUGGCUUUUCCUUCCCUGUCCUGUUAGUAAAAAUAGCAAUUUGGGCUGAAAGCCCCAUUCUAUGCCAUGCUUUACCUCUGGGUGCUUGACAUACAAGCUUUUGUGCACCUUUCCCUUGGCUCCCUGUGGGGAUGUGUAUUUGAAUAGGCACAGAUGUGGGGGAAUGUUAAUUCUUACACAUCACAGGUUGGCUUCAGUUCUCUCCCCCCCCAUCUUUUGUGAUAGGUUUUUUUUAAAGUAAAGGUGUCAAAGACUGCUGUGAAGAGAAUGGUACAUGCAGCCUUAGGCGGAAGCUGAAUGUAAUGGCAAAAGCCUGAUGAAGCUCCGUUAAAAAUUUCCCUAUGUAAGAUAGGCUCUGGGAUUCCCCUUAUGGUGCCAUUGCUUGUCUUUGCUCUGUAGUGCAGCUCCUGUGUCCAUCGCAAUGUGGUCAAAUAACAGACCCAGUAGAAUUGAAAGUAUAAUUGAGUAAUCUCUGUUCUUCGUUAGAAAUUUUUAAAAAUAAUUUGUCUGAAGCUAUUUCUUGUGAAAGGGUUGGGCUUUAUAAUAAUGCAGGAUAUGUGUGUGCAUUGCUUAUACUGUAUAGGGCAAUGUGUUUGAAAUUUUCAAAAACGAUAUUGUAUUUAUCUGGUCAAGAUAAACAUUGUAUUUGUUAAACAUACUCAAUGUAUACAUCCAUGACUGAAAUACUGUAAUUAUAGUUUUAAUCAUUAAAAGCAGACAACAUAAUAAAAAAAAAUAAAAACAGCCCUUUAAUUACUCAACAGCCCUAUUGCAAAUUAAAUUUGAAGUUUUGAAAGAACAGGAUUGAAUGAAAUGUUUAAUUUUCUGUUGCUCAUGUUUUCUACCUUCUGUUGGGAAGGUUCAAAACCCCUGGCCUGCUUUUUCUACUUGUACAUAUAUAUUGUAGCUGCUGGCAGUUUUUAAAGAUUGCUCCUAUAUGAGGCACUUAGAAUGAAAUCAACAAUUGUUAUAUAAACUCAUUGGUAUAAGGUGAAAUUUGGGCAACAUUUACACAAAUGCACACAUGCACACACAUAUAUAUAUCUUCUGCUUUCUCCUUUUUGGUGAGGGCUUAGUUUAGGAGCUCUUUUCCUUGCCUUAGCUUAUGUGAUGAAAUGACUUUUAAAAAGAAUACAAUUCGUCAUAUAAUAAUUGCAUUCUUUUGUGAAGAAAAGGUUAUGUGAGUUUCUGUAUCGUCCCUGCCUCUCCCCCUGCCCCCUCCCACAGAAUGCUGUUUUGGAUGAAUGGUGGAGGCAAAGCUCCUAAGUUAGCUUAAAACAGCCAUAGGUUGCAUAGGUUGCAUACCUACCUGGGGUAGGGACUAAACCUUUGAACUUAAUGACACUUACUUCUGAAUAAAAAUGAACAGAAUUUCAGUGGCAAAGUGUAUAAUUAUUAGACUUUCAAUAAAGUCUCAAAAUUAGCACUUGGAAAAAGCAAAUUUAAAUGCUAAAUAUCUGUAGUUGCUUAUAACAUUAAUUAUAUCUGAUAUGUAUAUAUAUGAAUAUAAACAUAGUGCUUUAAUGUUCAAAGUACAUCAUUAAUCUUUACAACAAUCUUUUAAGGUAGGUAGAAUUGUUGUCUCCAUAUCACUGCUGACAAAUAGUAUCUUUAAGUCAAGUAGCUGGAUUUGAAACAAGGACUCUGGCUCACGGCUUAGGUCCCACCCACCAAUCCUAUGUCCACUCGAAAGUAAGUCCUACUGCAUUGUAUGUUGCUUACUCUCAGUGAAGAAGGGUAAUUAAGAUUAGGUGUCUUAAUUAGGAAAGUGUUUGUAGUAGGCUUGAAUUAUGCAACCUUUGGGAUUUGACGUGUGCUCCUCCUCAAGCAGAACCUUAGUAAGUCAAUUUUAGAUUGGAUUCCUGUUGCAGAGAUACCCUAGGCCACUGAUUAAAUUUUAUAUUUUGGAAUUAAGUAAAAAUUGAGUCAAUGCUUUUUAAAAAUGUAUAAAGUCCUGUAGUAGCUAUUUACUUCAAGCUUUUUUAUUUAUUUAGUUUCAUUUUCUUUUCUUUUCUUUAUUUUUAAUUAUGCUUGUUAAUACUGACCACAUUGUAGUGUCUUGGGGUGCAAUCUGUGCUCCUAUUGCUGAUGGAGUGGCCCAUGCUAGAAAGGGGGGCAGGACAGUUGUGUCCAGAUCAGAUCAGAUGCCAUUGUGUGAUGGCAGUGAGAUUGGUUUGGGAUCGAGCGGAUUACAUGUUGGUUUUCCCUUGCUCUCAGAAAGAGCCUUUUGAGGGGGUGGGGUCCGCUGGGCUCUGCCAGUAGGCCACCCACCCACCCAUUCAACAGAUGGAAGGGAAAGACUGGUGAGGAUGAGAGGCUGACUCACAAAAAACCUGAAUAAAAACUAUUUUUUAAAAAAUACAACCACAGACCUGGCAUGAUCAGGGAUUGGAUUGCUCUUCCUUUCUUAUUUCUAUGUGCCACAUCAAUAUUGUAAGUUUUUAUAAUGACUAAUCUUUCUGUAUCAUUUUCUUCUAACAGUAUUAUGGUCUGAACAUCAAAUCUUUCUAAUGUAUAGUAUGUCAUGGUGGGACACGGGUGGCGCUGUGGUCUAAACCACCUAGCCUCUUGGGCUUGCUGAUCAGAAGGUCAGUGGUUCGAAUCCGCACGAUGGGGUGAGCUUCUGUUGCUCUGUCCCAGCUUCUGCUAACAUAGCAGUUCUAAAGCAUACCAGUGCAAGUAGAUAAAUAGGUACUGCUGUGGCAGAAAGGUAAACGACAUUUCUGUGCUCUCUGGCUUCUGUCGUGGUGUUCUGUUGCACCAGAAGCAGUUUAGUCAUGCUGGCCACAUGACCCUGAAAGCUGUCUGUGGACAAAUGCUGGCUCCUUCAGUCUGAAGUGAGAGGAGCACCACACCCCAUAGUCUCCUUUGACUGGACUUAACCGUCCAGGGGUCCUUUACCUUUCACCUAUAGUACAGUGGUACUUUGGGUUAUGAACGUAAUUCAUCCCGGAGGUCCGUUCUUAACCUGAAGUGCACUUUCGCUAAUGGGCCCUCCCGCUGCCACUGCGCCGCCACCAGGCGAUUUCUAUUCUCAUCCUGGGGCAAAGUUCUUAACCUGGAGCAACUGCUUCCGGGUUAGUGGAGUUUGUAACCCAAAGCGUUGGUAACCCGAGGUACCACUGUAUGUCAUGUGUGGAAGUUAUUGUAUUACUGAUGCACUUAAGUAUGACUUUGCAAUUUUCCAUGGCUUGUAUUCAAUUCCUCAUUUAAGACUAUAUUUUUAUGCAUUGUGUAGAAGUGUAGCUUGAUCCUAUGCAUGUUCACUCAGAUAAGUCCAUUUCUAUGAGUUACUUCAAAAUUAGUAUGCAUGGGAUUGCAGCCUUACUAUUUUUUACAAUGCCUUGUUCAAGAUAAAAAGAUUUCUUGUUGAUAACAUUCGUAUCUUUGAAAUCAUAUUUAUUGAGAUUUAUUCAGGUUAAGAACAAUGAUUUAUCAGAAUCUCUUGCUCGGUCUUUCAGUAAACAGUUUCUUAAAAAAACUAUUUUAUAGGGAGCUGUGCUUGUUGUCUCAUGUGACUACUGAUUCAAAGAAUAAUAUGUUACUUGAUUGAUGUAAUACACAAAUUAGUAAACAAAUAUGUAGUCUACAUACAUCAUUGCUAAGUUUAUGCACAGCCUGAUCUGUGAAAAUUUAUCCAUUGUAUUCAAUGUGACUUGCUUCCAAAUAAGUGUUCUUAGGAUUGAAGUUUGUAGUAAGAAAUGCUGUUUAGUAAAGUAGUUCAUCCUAGAAUGAUACUUUGGCUUUUGUAAAUUGUCACUCCUAGGGCAGAGCUUAUGGCUUUGUGUUAGCAUAUCUGAGUUGACAAAUGGUGUUGAAAUCUAUCAGUAACACAGUGUGACUAUUAGUUUUUUCUGUUAAUGCAUGGACAAAGACCAGCCAGCUGGGUAGGUAGGCGGAAUGAGAAGGCAACCAACCUAAAUUCUCCCCCUUCUUCAUUUUGGGUUUUUUUUUUAACAGUCAAGUUAGGAGGGAAACACUAGCUGUGCAUCUUAUUCAAAGAUGGGAAUAAAAUGUCUAUAAACUGACCUUCAAAACCUAUACAAGAUGCUCCUUGAUAGUAAUCCAUAGCCAAAGUAUGCAUGGAUUAUACAGGGCAGCCCAACUUUUAAUACCAAGUGGGCUGCAAGAAUACUUUGACAUGGAACCCACAGACUGCACACUCCCUUGUUGCACUUGGGGGGUGGAGCAAGGCCCCUCCCCCCCUGCAGCCCUCAUGCAGCCUUCUCAAAGCUGGAUAAGUGAGGUACUGGGAUUUGGGAAGGAGGUGUGAGGCUCUGGCAGGGUCCUAGAGCCUUCCCAUCUCCUUUCCAAAUCUGAGAAAGUGCUAAUUAGGCUUUGGGAAGGAGGCUGGAGGACUCUAGGACCCUAUCAGAGACCCCAUGCCUUCCCAAAGCCCAGUGCCUCACUGACUCAGCUUUGGGAAGGAGGUGUGUGAGAAGGGUGUCAAAUGUUGCUGAGGGCUUCCCAGAAAGGCCUUGAGGACUGCAUGUGGCCCUUGGACCUCCCUGUUCUAUGAUGUUGGACCUCCCUAUUCUAUAAUGUUUGAAGGCCAAUUUAUAGACAAUUUAUCCUUGAUACCCUGUCACAGUUGUAGCAAUCUUGGCAGGGCUUUCACUGUUGUUAUCCCCUCCACACAAGCAAGGGGGCACGGGCGGAGAUGUAGGAAGUUUGUAGUUAGACAGAGGGCUGUCUUUGUGGUAGUGAUCAAAUUAAGACACUAUUUUCCUAGGCACAUGUGUGCAUGAUGCCAUCACUGCUAUUUUUAAACAAUGUGUGACCUCUGACCUGUUCUGCUAUAUUUUUGUUUUUAUUUAGGAUAUGUUUCUUGGCUACUUUAUCUACUGUUCUCAUUUUUAUGUUCUUAUUGGUACCUCUAUACUGCCUUGGUUCCUGAAAUAACUUAAGGAAGUCAAUGGAAUGAAAGUUUUGCAUCUCCUCCUUCCCACUGCAGCUAUGUGUAUCCCCUAAAAGUCUUAAUAGAAGAUCAAGGGACUCCUGAGCAAUUAGGAAGGGAAGUGGUGAGCUGCAAAGGAGGAGAUAAUUGGGUUUGGAUCCAGUAGCCCUCCCCUUCCCACAUCUGUUCAGCAUAGACCUCUUACCAUUUAGAGAGGGUUUUAGAGGUUGCAGGUGGCUUUUCGUGGAAUGAAAGGAUGCAAAAAUGUUUUUUAUGUGAACUAAAGUUACAGAUAGGGUUUCCACUAUUACAAUUUUUUAUCAGUUGAUUUCACAUACAUAUGAAUAAAUACUAGUUUCUAAUAAGAAACCUAUCAAUGCUGUAAUGCUGUUAAUUGCUAAUAAUCCCCUUGUUGCAGGUCUGGUUUAGGCUGCAAGGGAUUGUUGUACAGCAACCCUAUGCGUAAAGGUAAAGGUAAAGGUACCCCUGACCAUUAGGUCCAGUCGUGACCGACUCUGGGGUUGCGGCGCUCAUCUCGCUCUAUGGGCCGAGGGAGCCAGCGUGCAGCUUCCGGGUCAUGUGGCCAGCAUGACUAAGCCGCUUCUAGUGAACCAGAGCAGCGCACGGAAACGCCGUUUACCUUCCUGCCAGAGCGGUACCUAUUUAUCUACUUGCACUUUGAUGUGCUUUCAAACUGCUAGGUUGGCAGGAGCUGGGACCGAGCAACGGGAGCUCACCCCGUCGCGGGGAUUCGAACCGCCGACCUUCUGAUCAGCAAGUCCUAGGCUCUGUGGUUUAACCCAUAGCGCCACCCGCGUCCCCUAUGCAUACUCUGCUAUUAAUAUCUCCAUGGUUAUAGAUUAUAACCUCCAUAUAAUAUAGAUUAUAUAUUAUAAUCUUGGCAUUUUAGAAGAAAGUUGAGGUUGCCAGUGGUUUAUAACAACCAUCUAAUAAAACCAUUUAAGCUCAGUUAUAAAACAUCUGUAUUGCUGCAAAAUAAAGUUUUGUCUAUCUACACGCAUACAUGCAGUUACAGGUUUCUCCUAUGAUACUACAUGGUAUACCUCAGUUUUUAUGUGGGAAUUGUACGCUCUUCCCAUCAAUUGGGUUAGAGCUGCUACAUAAUAGGCAAGCUACCGGAUAUCCUCCAUCCUUAUUGAAAGGGAAUUGCCUGUCCCUCAGAUAUUUCUUUUUCGUUCCUUGUAGGCAAAUUCCAUGUAGUUCUGUUCUGUCAAAGUCAAGCUGCCAAAUGCUCUUCGUCCUUGCAGAUGGAUGGAGGGGGGAGCAGACGCACCACCUUUCCCUCCUUUUUUCUCACCCCAAGCAGGCUCCACCAAACACAACAAAGUAGGCUUUAGAUGGGUAUACUGUUGGGCUUGCUGUUAUCUUGGUCACGGUGGGUUUAUUAUUUCCUCUAUAUAUCUACCUAUUUUACCUAUGAUUAUUGCACUGACUUACUGUGCCUUAUUAGAAUACUUUAUAUAUAUUAAUGUUUGUCUUUAUAUGGGGGGCGCAUUGGAAGAUGGCUGACAAUACCAUCUCUCUGACCCACACGGGGUAAUUAAGAGGCUGUUAUGGGAGUAGGCAGCCUCCCUUGUUGCCCCAAGGAAAUGGGGAACACUGCCCUUGCCUGCUGUGCCCAUAAAUCACCCCCUAAUUCGAAAGAAGGGGGUGAGGGCCCUAGGCAGAAUGCCCCGUGUGGACCUCGGCUCUCCUGGACGCUGUCUCUGAUCGCGCACUAGUUGCAGCAAUUUGGAAUAAUUAAUUACAAAAGAAGCAAAUGCACAUAUUUCAAGUGAAGAAGGGGAGUGAAGUCUGCUAAUUUAAGUGACCUCUGCGAAAGAAGACGACGGGCUGGAGAAACAGGAAUAUUUUAUGAUGAAGAUACACCAAAGGCGGGGUAUGUUGACAACGGGGCUGAAUGGGGGGGGGAACCUUUUUUACUUUCCUUCUAUGUGAUUUACAAGAACCCCUCCUCAUUAGAACCGUCGGUUGAACUGACCCAAGCAGGAUGAUUAAGGUCUGUGUGGAGAUAAACUUUAACCAAAAGUAUGCUUUAUGGAGACCGAGAAGCAAUAAGAGCUUUUGGGAAUGGCGCAGCAAUUAAUUCGGAGUCGCCAUCUUGCCAAAGGAUUUAUAGCCGGGAGGAAGAAUGGACUUGUUUUCAGACUGCAUUCCUAGUGAAUCUCCUCAGAGGUUUUGAGAAAGGAGGCAGAUUGGUGAAGAUUAAUGACGCUAAGACUGUUUUGAUGUAUGGAAGUGAUGUUAUAUGGAAAACGUCUGGAUAUGGCUACUGGAUAAAAAAAUAUAUAUCCACGCAGGAUUACAAACUGUUCUAACCAGCUUGUGGAGACUAUCAGAGGUCACAAAGAGAAAGGAAAAAUAUAUGAAAAUAACAACAAGAGAUGUGGAAAAAUAAUAAGAAAGGACUGGAUAGUACUGUGAACAUCAUAAGGUUAGAUUUGUGGACAUUAAAACAGCAGUAAGAAGCAAGAAGUUGAUUGGAUCCCUUCGGAACUUGAAAUAUGGGUACCCCCAACAAAAAUUUAAAAUUCGGCUGUGUAAUUUGGAAUUUAUGUAAUUUGGUUUGAUUUGAUGUGAUUGGUCGGUUAAUAAAAAAUUAUUCUUUAAAAAAAAUGUUUGUCUUUAUAUUACUUGCCACCUUAAGGUUUUUCUAAAAGGUGGGAUAUGCAUUUAUUCAAGUAAAUAAAUACUGUUAAAAUACUGUUAGAGGAUGGGAACAUGGUUCCACAGCUUUGGUUUGCCUUGGUAACCAAGCCUCACAUAUCCUGCCUUCAUAGCUGCAAGUUUAAAACAGGAAAGUGGGGGCUAAAUGGCUUGGAUACUCUGCAGUCUCAUUCCCACCGUGGGCAUUUGUCCAUUCAGAAAUGGUGAAGGCACUGAGCAUUUUCUGGUUUGGCUACUAGAAAGGCUAAACACUCUCCAGCCUUUCUGCCAUCUUCUCCUUAGCCUUGAGGUUGGAAGGCCUGUUCUCAAGAAGUGGGGGCAGGAGGGUGUCACUGAUGGUGCUUGUAUCACCUUCAAGCAGCACUGACAAUCAAGACCAGACAAAAACAAUGUGUACCACUCUGUAAUAAUAAUAAUAAUAAUAAUAAUAAUAAUAAUAUUAUUAUUAUUAUUUGUACCCCGCCCAUCUGGCUGGGUUUCCUCAGCCACUCUGGGCGGCUUCCAUAGAAACCAAAAAUACACUAAAAUAUCACUAAAAUGUCCAUGAUAGUUUUACAAUAAGUUGCAAAACUCAGUGGGUGGAAUCCAGAGAAGCAUAGGCAUAAAGGAACUAAGGUAGUGGUAGCUAACCCAUAGGCCAGAUCUCCCCUUCCCCGAAAAAGACCCUCCCAGCACUUCUGCUACCUCAGCAGAACCAGUCUAAACCAGGGAGUGUGAAAUGUCAUCUGCGUGGUGAUACCAAAGCCCAAAAUUCAGGAUAACCUUGUUCUCAAAGGUUUCAGGUAAACUUUGAAAAGCAUAGGGAAUAAAAUGGAAUCCUGUGGCAUCAGUGCCAUGGAGCUUGGCAGAAGUUCCCAAGCAACACCUUUUGGAACUGAUGCUAUUAAGGCAUGGGGCAGCAAAAACUGUUGCUCCCCCGUUCCUAAUAGAGCCUAUCUAGAAGAAGAGCAUCCUUAGAAAACUUCUAAGAGAGAGAUAGGGAACCUAUGAUCUGCAGGUCUAACUAGGGCUGCCGAACCUCCUUAUUUGGCCUGGUAGGCGAUUUUCGCCGAGCUGUUCCCACCUGCUCUAUGUCAGCUGCUGGGCAGGUAAAAUACCUGGUUUAGCCAAAGAGAGAGAUGCUGAUCUGUGAUGCUUAAAAAGUCCUUUGCAAGGGAUUUCAUAAGAGAAUGCUUUGUAAACUGUUCUGUAAGACCUGUGUAGGCAAAAAAGUCACCUGAUGCUAUUGUGACACCAGAUGGUGGAAAGGUGGAUGGUCAUGACUAAUCAAAUCUGGGAUAUAAGGGGUGGGAUAAGAUAACUUUAUGGCUUGCUGGCCAGAUUCAGUUUUCUACUGCUGCUUUAAGAGAUCCAGGUCACACUCCCCUUGUCCGUCUCCUAUUACAGGUCAACCAUUGUGACAACUGAGGCAGUUUCUCUGCCAAAGCCAGGCAAAGUUGAAAUACAGGUGAUCAGGUCCAUCCAAGAGUGUCUGGAGUUGCAUGGCAACCACUCCCUUGAGCAGCUUUCUCAAGAAGUGAAUAUUUGCAAUUAGCAAACGAUAAUGUCUUCUAGUGUGGCAUUACCAUUGUCUUAUUCAAGAUAGAUGGCACUUUCCCCCUUGUUGCCUCCUGAAUCCAUAUGGUCAACUCUCCUGCUAGAUGUUAGACUAAGAAGGUGAAUGGUUGAGCGAAUAUGUUGUGGGCCAUAACUUGUUUCAAUACCUGAAAUUUAAUUUAUAUCUGACUGUGCACUAGACACCUUCAUAGACUGAACUCCUAUAGUAGUGGAUGUUACCUGCUUAGAGAAAAUCUUUAUAUCUGAUAUUACCCUUAGUUUUAAGCUUUAUUUGGGCUAUUUGCUAAAACUGUUUCACAUAAAUCGAUAAGACCAAGAGCCUGCAAGCAAUUUUGUUCAUCUUGUGCAGGUUGCUUUGACUGGUUUGUGUGCUUUUUGUUUGUUUCAUUAUACAGUGGUACCUUGGGUUACAUAUGCUUUGGGUUACAUACGCUUCAGGUUACAGACUCCGCUAACCCAGAAAUAUUACCUCGGGUUAAGAACUUUGCUUAAGGAUGAGAACAGAAAUUGUGCAGUGGCAGCGCAGCGGCAGCAGGAGGCCCCAUUAGCUAAAGUGGUGCUUCAGGUUAAGAACAGUUUCAGGUUAAGAACAGACUUCCAGAAUGAAUUAAGUUCUUAACCCGAGGUACCACUGUAAUAAUAUUGUUGUUGUCGUUUAGUCGUGUCCGAAUCUUCGUGACCCCAUGGACCAGAGCAUGCCAGGCACUUCUGUCUUCUACUGCCUCCCGCAGUUUGGUCAAACUUAUGUUAGUAGCUUGGAGAACAUUGUCCAACUAUCUCGUUCUCUGUCAUCCCCUUCUCCUUGUGCCCUCAAUCUUUCCCAAUAAUAUAGAUAAUAGCAAUUUUGAUUUCUUGUUAAGUCGUGCAUUUUUGUCUUUAAAAACAAUCCCUUUAUAUUUAAAGCUGCCUUUGUUUGCUGUUGUAUACUGUAACCACCAAGAGUUGGUGUACAAAGAACUUUUGUUAAACUCGUUGAAUUGUAAUUAUUGUUCUUGCAUGAGCGUACAAUACAAUCAGUGGCUCCUAAGAAUGUUUCUUACAAACCAGCUUUGUAUAGUGUCAGGCUGAUGGGUUGUCUAAUUGAAUAGUGUGUCCCUUGACUUGAUUGCCUCAGAACCUAAACAGAUGACUUUUCUAGUGAACCCACCCGAGGUAGCUUGACCAGAGAUACUAGGGACUGAGAUGGAGACAUAUAUGAAGUGUAUGUUUUGCCAGGGACCAGUGUUUGAAAUUAGCCAGGUGCCAGGCACAUUUUGCACCUGGCUUUCGAUCACUUGCAACCAAGUGACUAUGCCUGGGCACCAGGAUGGUGUCUGAUAUCUUCACCAUGCAUGCCUGGUCAUCAUUGGAUCUGGACUGUUUUCACACACUAAUAUCCCAUUCUGUAGAAUUCUAUCAGUUAUAUUUUAUCUGCACAAUCAGAAUGAAUUUCCAGUACCAAAAUGCUUCUCUAGUGCAUCCUGAGAAGGAGCAGUCACCAGUAAGAAAUAGAGGUUGGAAUAGGCCAGUAUAUAUGUGCACUGCCCCUGGAUCAAGCGACUUUUCUUCUUAAGUUCCCAAAGCUCAAAGUUGUCAUCUGAACUAGCCAGAUGUUUAACUGAGAAUCAACCACACUCAAUCCAUCAUUUGAAAAAUAAGACUUUAGAACUGUCUUGCCCCAAAAUGGCAACUAAACAUUCCGUUUUGGCAACUGUAACCUUGGUUUAAGGAGCCAUUUGGCACCUAGCUUAUAUAUCUGAGUUUCUAACACUGCCAGGGACACCUUGUGAGAUGGUGCAGAUGGUAAAAUGUUGCUGCCAUGUGAUUCCAGGCCUUUGCUUGCAGAUAUAGCUUGAUGCCAGUAGCAAAUUGCAAAUGAAGUCUAGUAAAGUUUAUGAUUAGACUAGGGCUGUGCCAAACUAAAACCUGUUCUCCAGUUUCUUGAUGUUUUGUUAGCCUGUAAGAGCCUUCUGUUUUUCUGCCUCAUUUGUGGGGUACGUAGAAUGUUAUAAUUUUGGUUGGUGCAGGGCUGUAAGACGCUCUCCUCUCAAUUGGUUAAUAUUCAUUCAUAUAAGGAGUUUGAUAAUUUGUGUUGACAGUCCCGUAAAACCAGUUUAUAAUUUGCUUGUAAAAGAAAUAUUCUGGAUGCAGAGUUGGAGAGUAUACAUUCAACAAUGUUGAAUAGAUUCAGAUUCUCUAAUGCAUGCCAGUUUGUGUUCAGCUGUGUUGCAUUACUAAAAAUAAAUGUACCCUCUCUGGAUUGAGCAUUCUGGAGGAGGGAUAAAGAAAAUGAAUUAUCUGUCUUGUUAAUGUACUAAACAUUUGCAUUUUAAGUAACUUCAUAAUGUGUAUUCCCUUCUGGUUUGAACCAUAAGAUGACUUAGUAGAAAUUACAUGAAACAAGCUAUAGCUAGAGUUGAUCAAGUGCUUGGGUAGGGGCCUAUGCAGGUUAGAAAUAACCAUGACUAAUAUGGAUAGAGUUGUAAUUGUGAACUAUGACUAGGAGCAGGAGGCAUGAAGAGAGUUGGCUGACAGGAGGGAGUAAGUAACACUGGGGCCCAUUCCCAGUCCAGAUCAAGGGAACACCAAUGUCUGUACAAGAUUUGCUUCAUCUUUUUGGAUACAGAAUUUUGUCAAGCAGAUCCCCAUCUGCCAUAAAAUUCAGUGCAAUUUUAAAGUCUCCUUCAAAAAAAAGUAUUUUAUCUUGAUUAGCCUGGGAUGAUCAGUCUUUUUCACAACCUCUAGUUCAGUUUCAUCAGCAUAUUGAAGAAAUUGCAUUCUAUAAACUCAACAACCUACAGCAAUUUCAUGUAGACAUUAAAAAAAAAGUACAGUUAAAUAGGAAAUUGUUUUAGAAUUGGUAGCUGCUCCACUUCCAUUCCACUCUGAUAGUAGGAACCAGCAAAGCUUCAUAUGCAACAGUUGUCUGCUGCUCUGAUCUUCCCCCGCCCCAGCUAGGAUUGCUCUGUUAGUAUGUUUUUAUCUACCUUUGUUAAUUGAACUUCCUGUUGAUUAUAAUAAAAGGAUUGGAGACAAACUAAUCCCUGAACACCCUACAGGACAACUCUCAGGGGAAGAAGCAAUAGUCAGCAACAUUGUUGCAUAUAUACUGACUGCCAAAUAUAACCAGAGUUCUAGCUUUACUGUAUUAAGAUAAGCACAACUUUGCAGGUUAUAGUUUUCACCGUCCAGAAACAAACAAACAAACAAAAAGCCCCACCCCUUUUCUGAAAAGUGGGAAUAAUCUUAGACCUUAAGAAGAACAUGUUAAAAACACAGCUGUUCUGGGAUCUUUUUAAUGCUUGUUCCUCGCCUUCUUUUUAAAAGCUGCUUUGUCAUUUUCAUAAUACGUAAACAUAAUCAAAAAGAAAAACUCCUUUCUACCCACCUCUCAAGCCCCAGUCCCAUUCAAAUACACACAGAUAAUUCUCCUUCAAAUAAAAGUAUAUUUCCAUAUGUCCCCAAAGGUUGCUGGUAGUCCAUAGCUAUGUUCUUUUGUAGUUGCUUAGUAAAUAAAGCUGAACCAUGUUUAUAAAAUUUGUCUGAUCGUGUGUCGUUCCUUUGGUCUUCAGCUUUGUAAGUCAGUUUUUCCAUUAAUAUCAAGUCCUAUACCUGCUUAAACCACAUUUAAAACAAAUCAGCAUUUAGAGUUCUCCAGUAUCAAACAGUUGUAAGGUCUUCUUCCAUCGUAAGGUAAGUUACAAGGUCCUUCUGAAUGAGAUCCACGAUGUCUGUAGAGUAGAUGGAACGAAGAGAAAUCCUGUGGUCUAUAUCACUCAUUUGAGCCAUGAUCAAUUCAGUUUCCCAAUAAACCUUAUAAUGACUACCAGAUAUGAAUAAAACACCCAAGCUGCAACUGUUUUUCCAGCAUUGUGACAGGAUGCUUUUGUUAAAUUUAUUAAGCAGGGAGGGUUGUUUUUUUUUUAAAAAAAAAUCCCAGAUCAGCUAGGUUUUUAUUUUUUUAAAAAUAGGAAACACGAGUGGUUUCAGCACAAUAAUUGAGCUUAAAAACAAGUGAAGUAAUUUACCUUGAAGCAUUAGUAAAGUGCUAUUUUACUUUUAAGUAAUAUUAAGCAAUCCUUCGAGGCCAGUGUACGAUUCUAUACCAUAUUGAUAUUGCAGCAUUUCAUUUAAAAAAUGAAACGUUUGUUCAUUGUAUCUCACUCCAUAUAAGUUACCAAAAAAAUUAUAAACCACCUACUGCAUUAUGUUGGUAACUGCUGAUUUUGGUUGUAUCUGAUAGGAUUGUAAAUAAAUGUGCAUAAGUUACACAUUACCUUUAUUUGGGUGCACUAAAAAUAGUAAUGCAGCUUUGUUUUUAGGGGGUUGCAAGGCCCAACAGAUUGGUUCAUUGAUCUAUACGCAUAUGCUUAUUUAAUUAUUUAGAUUCAGUCCUACCCUCAAGUCUUGUUUCACAUGAGCUUCUCUGUUUCCAGGGCAGAUAUGUAAAGAUAAUUUGUUCCUCAGUCAAUUUGGUUGAUUUCUUCCUUUGUGUAAAGCUUUACUUUAGCUUUGAUUCUGUUAAAAAAUGCCCCGCUCCCCAUUCUGCACUUAAAGAGCUCAUAUUGUAUGAUUUUAUUGUUUUACUUUUUAAAUUAAAACCAUGAUAUUGGUCUAGUUGCAUAAAAUGUUUUAUUGGAAUGAUGCUACAUCUUAUAGUUUUUUUUUAACUUAAUUUAACUUAAUAAUAACACUUAUCUUUAUGUAUUCUCAAACUUUAAAAAUACAGUAUCAAGCUUUUUCAUGGUUUCUUUAAAACUAUGAAUUAAUAUUAAAACAUUUUGGGAUACUCCUAGCCACCUCCUAGGGGUAGCAUGCCUUGCAUAUACUAUGUAACUUCAGGUGUCCUCUUUUCCAAAGCAACUUUACAGUCUGCCUUCAAAUACAGGUCGAAUUUUAGGCGCAUCCAACUGAUGCAUAAUUGCUGAUGUGUGGGUCCUUUUGGACCCAGAAGAGGGCAGAAUGGGGCGUGGGUGGUAUGGGUAGCCAGGAAUGGAACCCCCAUGUGAAAUAGUUACUGCCUGUACGGGAUGCCUAAUGAUGCGCUUGAGGCAUAAGCAUCACAACAACAUUUGUACACCCAGGCCUUUGUGCACUUCUGCAGGAACUCUCUAGCUCUUAACAACUUGAACGAUCAAAGGACAGCAUGCUGUGCUUCUGUUUUAACCACAAUGUAAAACUGGGCUGAAGCUUCUUGAAUUAUUUUUCUGUAAAAAGUGUGUGUCUCUUUUGAUGGGGUUUCAGUCAUAACUUCUGGAGUGCAAAUAAUUGCCGAUAUAGUGAAUCUGCCAUUGAUUGUUUUGUGAAACAGUGUUAGCUGAUGCCACUUAUUUUAUUUCUGCACAGGAAUCUCCCACAAAAUUAAAUACAUGACUGUAAGAAAGAAGAAAUCUAUGUUGAUAGACUGUACUAUCAAAAACCUUCUCUUCAGUCUGCAAAGCCUUCAGCUUUUCUCUAUGCCAUGUUGUGUGACUGUUGUCCCAUGAGGAAUUUGUCUUCAUGAAGAUUCCUAAUAUUGGUAAUGUGAUGAAUAAAUUUGAGAUCCUUGGGGUUGUUGGUGAAGGUAAGCACAUGUUUUAUUGUGUUUGUAAUAUUUUGUUGCGAGCCACCUAGAGUGCUUGGGGCAACCCAGUCAGAUGGGUGGCAUAUAAAUAAUAAUUUUGUUGUUGUUGUUGCAUCCUUUUUCAGUUCAUUUUGGGACUAAGUGCAUGAUGGUGCACAGACAUAACUAGAGGGAGAAUAAAAAUACGAUGGUGUCUACAGGAAUCUCUUUUGGACCUCCAAAUAUGGUUAUAGUUAGGGACAAGCUUUUUUUUAAUUUUUUUUUAUUGCAAAUCACUUUACACAAAACAUUAAAGAUAAAGAAACAAUUAGGACAUACAAACAAAAAAAAUACCCCAAUAACACCUCUAAACUUUAACUAAUAACACAACAUCUAACAUCAUGUACUCUUUUGACUUCCGAAUCACCUCUUUGUGCUUUCAACGUAUUCUUAAUAGUUAGGGACAAGUUAAUGCUUUUUUAAGAGAGAGCUAAUGAUGGUAUGAGGAAGCUACUGGUGCACAGACUAUGCAGACUCCUAGGUAUCUGCCAAAAUAAAUUUUAAAAAACACUACAAGCAACCUACAAAAUCUUUUUUAUGGGGAGAAGGAGAAUAAUUGUCCGCUAUGGGGAGCAUUAACUAUCAUCUCUCUCUCUCUCUCUCUAAAGGUAUCUAUUGCUAGCAUAUUCUCUUCUGACAGACAAUGUUCUGUUACAACAUUAGUGUGAUAAGGCCCUAAACAGCUUGGGACCAGGUAGCCUUAGGUAGUCUCAUCUUGGUCCUUGGGAUCUCUGCAGGGAGUUCCUUUCGUCCAUAUCACUAUACCAUACAUCCAGGAAUGCUGUGGAGGGGCUUCCAUGGAGGUGGUAACUAUCAUUUGGAAUGAUCUCCCCACUGAGAUUAGACAGGCACUGAUGCUGGCCUACAAUUAAAACUAUUUCUAUUUAGUCCUGACCACUAUUGCUAUUUCUGGAUGUCCCUCUUCUUUACUGUGAUUGAUUUUUUAAAAAACAGAAAAAUUGAUUGUGUGUGUUGUAUCUUUAUUGUCAUUUUUAUGGCUGUAUAAAGAGCUUUGGUAUAUAUUUUAGAAAUAAAAAGUGGUGUGUACACACACACACACACACGCACACACCUACCUACAUACCAUAAUAUAUAUAUUCUAAUAGCUAAUAGUGUUUCUUUAUUUCCCAGCUCUAAAUCUUGGUGUAUGAAGCAGGGAGGGAAUUCCCCUGCUUCUCUGAAGCCUAGAAAAGGAUGGGGCCUCUCCUUAAUCAUAAUCACUCAAAACAAGCUGUCUCACUGUUUUAUACAUUUUCAUGCAAGCUCAGGAAGAACCCAUCCGCUCUAUCAAGCUUGCAAAGUAUGCAGUGCUUGCCUAAUGUCCAGAAACCCUCAGGAGACAAGGCUGUUCCUUUUCCUUUUGCAAAGAGAAUGUUGUUGCCAAGUGCAUCAUUUUCCUGGCUCCAGUUUUGAUCCCUAGCAUUAACAUGCAUUUCUUUCUUGUGUAUCAGUGUGUACAAAGCACAUAUCAGUAGUGAAUAAACUGAUUCAAAUUUCUAGAUGCUUGCUUCGCCAAACCUUUUUUAGGCAUUACAAAUAUAAGCCAUCAUAAAACAUCCAUAUGUAAAAUUUUAAAAUAUAUACCAAUAAACAGCCAUGUAAAAAUAUGUAAUAAGGAUUUUCAUUGGAGUUUCUUCCUGCUAACUAGUGCCAUUCACCACUCUGAGAGAUACCAUUAAUAAAAACUCAGCCACCCUUGCAGUUACUUCCGGGUUAAUGUCAGACAGAUAGAAUCUGAUAUUUUCAUUGUGCUGUGAUGUUAGACUACCCAAGAAAGGGGACAGCACACGUUUGAGUUGCUGGUUGUACAAUGGACAGCAGAAAAGGAUAUGUUCUACUGUGUCUGGCAGAUUGAUUUCUGGAUGCAGACUCAUCUACUUAAUAACGUAGCAUCUUGGUACUAAUUUCUGAAAUGCUUUUAGACACUUUUAAUGUAAAGGAAGGUAUAUAUUAUUGUUGACCAGCCUAAGCUUCCCUGUGUAAGCUUUGCUGGUCCAACGUUUGCUCAUUACUCCUUAAAAAUAAAGCUGAUGAUAUAACAGCAUUUCUAUCACCUCUGUAUUUUUAUGCUGCAGACAUUCAAAAGUACAUUUGUGUGCAUGUGUUUAUUCCUUUAUAGAGUUCUGCUUUCUAUUGAAAGAUACAAGCAUCCAUGGUUUCAAACUAUGUAAAAGAAUCAAAGAAUUUGAAAACUUACUAGCCAAUUUUCAGUGUAUUCAGAGUUGCCUCAUAUUACUAAAUGUUACAGCAUUUGGUCUAAAUAAUGAGGAGGGGUGUGGGUAUAUUUUAAUUGUGUAUGCUUGUAUAUAUAACAAUUCCUGCCUUCUGGUGGCUAACCUCUUUUUCCCCUCUUUUUUAAAAUGGUGGUCUAGGAGCCUAUGGAGUUGUUCUUAAGUGCAGGCACAAGGUAAGAAAAAUACUUUUAAGCUGUGUAAUUCAAGUUUCCAUGAUGAAAUUGUAUAGAUGAAAUUUAGAGUAAAUUGCUACCAUAUGCAGAGCUGAUUUGGCAUCCCUUCUUCCCUCCCUUCUUCCCUCUCUUCCUAGUUUGAGGCAACCCAUUGUCUACUGUUUUAUCUGAACCAAACUAAUAUUUGAUUCUGGUUUGCAUAAACUAGGGCUUGUCUCAGUAGAGGGAAGGGUUUUGCUGUGAGGUAAAGGCAGAAGGGAGUUCCUUUAAGACUUGUUUAUAUUUGUGUGAAGGUAUCCCUUCCUUCAGGGACUUGCUGGGCAGAACACUCUUCCACUCUUUCCGCACAUGCAGUCCAAGCCCUUUCACAGAGGACUCAUUGCUAAGGGGACUCAUUGAUUGAAUCCCACCUGUUGUUUUGAUUUGUGUUGGACCAAAUCCUAUGUCCUCCAGAGGAUUUUACAGUAAGCUCCUUGUGGUAGCUAAGUUUCAGAGGGAACAUUACGGAAAAGGGGGAACCAUGUUUUUAAAAAAGAAAGCUGUGUUUUAUAAAGUUUCUGAUUCAUGAUAAGGAACCAUUGUUUUUUUUAAAAAGUAAGAAGUUCCACUUUGUUAUGCAAGUCAUCACUAGUAGUUAAAGGAGCAUUUUCUUUUAAUUGUGCACAAGCUAUGUGUACAAUUCUGAACCUUGUGUUCAUUUUUUUGCUUGCCUUCUUUCAAAAGUAUGGGUGAAAUAGCCAUGUAUAUCUAACCUCAUAAUAUGGGGGGGGGGAAUAGAAACAUAAGCCUUUUGAUGUUCAAUCACAAUCUCACUGUCGGUAGUCUGGAUUGCACAGACAAAUUUUUCAUGUCUUCCACCUGCUUAGCAUUUAAGUUACUCAGCAGAAGACUGCUGAGUUGCCUGCAGUUCCAUGAAAAAUGACAUCUCUGAUUUAAAAAACUGCUCAAACCAGUCAGGCUUAAAAGCCACUACAUAUCUUAUGUUAAACAAGAUGAAAAGACCUAGUCCAAAAGCUAGCUCCUGUGAAGUUACUGAGAACAUAAAAUAAUCGCAUGCAGUGAAUGUAUUGAAGAGCACUGAUUCUCAACAUUUAUAUCCAGAUCCUCUGCUUAUUUAUUUUGGAAAGAAAUAUCACUGGUUUUAAAUCCCAAUGUAAUAUUUUCUAAGCAAGUGUGCCUACGAUUGCAGCAUACAGGUGUGUGAAAAUGUUUCCACAAACACAACUGGUGUUGCAUGUAAUACCGGAGGUGCUGCUUUCAGUAAAUGUAGUUCAGUAUAUGUGAAUGAAGCUUUAAUCUGAAGCUCUGAGAACAAUAUGAAAUACUGUGAUUAGCACAUAUCUGCAUCUAAUCAGCAUUAGUGUUUACUCUAGCACUUUGUUCUUUCAUAUGAAAGAACCUUAUCCAUUUUCUGCUUCUGAAUGAAGGUAAUGUAAAAGAGUGCAAAUACUGGAAAGAUAAAAUGUUAAGUUUCCAGUAAAAUAGGCCAAGAAAGAUUUGAAAAGCAAAUCACUUAUAAUAUGAAAGCUAGGGAUAAAACAGUAUUGAAGUACAUGACAGAUGAAAAUAUGACCAGAUAGCCACUAAAGACUGUAAGAAGACAAAGAUAUAAAUUAAUCUGUCGUAGAAAAUAGGAUAAUUGUUCAGAAAUGUAGUGCAUUCAUUUGUAACUUUAAUUAUUUAUUUUAAACUUAAAUUAUUUUGCUGACUUCACUGUGCUGAGACACCCCAACAAAACUUUUUGAGGUGUUUAUAUUGAAAUUAUUGUGUAAUAGAAAUGGCAAAAGAUGAAGAUUUAGAAAUAAUUUAAAACUAAAUAGAAAGCCACUCAACCAAGUGUUGUAAUUAAAUAUAAAACAGAACAGCAGACACGAAGAAAAAUUAUUUUUGCACACGGUGCAUAAUCUUUUUACACCUUUGUUGUGUUAUUCCCUCACCUCAAUUGUGCUCCCCUUUUUUCUAAACUAGAAAGUUUAGAACCUUUCAUUACAGGGGACUUUUUUGGCCCAUUGAGCCCUGUUUGCCCUAUUCUGCACCUAUUUGAGCUCUACAAUAUCUUGAAGUCAAAUCAUUAAUCUUUGAACUCAAAUAUGAGUAUGUUGGGCUUAAAAUCCUGGAGAGAUGUUUUGACUGACUAGCCUCAGUCAAUAGCAGGAAGCCUGGAUUUUGAGUUAAUGGAAGUUUACACGCAAUCUUCAGAGGCAGCCCUACAUUCAAUACAUUAUAGUAGUCAAUCCUCGGUAUUGCCAAAGCUUGGAUAACUGAGACCAGGCUCUCUGCCUAAUGUGAGACCAUAACUUGUUCAGUGUCUAAAAUGAUUGAAGGUGCUCCUUGCCACAGAGACAAGUGGCCUCUCUUGGCAGUGUUGAGUCCAGCAUCGGACUCGCAAACUACAAAUGCAAUGCUUUACAGACAGUGCAACCACAUUCAGAACAGGUUGAACACCAUCUGUCAGAAUAAAGAAACUACCAGCCCAUUUUAUCAUGAAUGAGCUGCAGUUUAUUGGCCUUCAUCCAGCCUCCUUCUGAGUCCAGGCACCAAUUCAGCACUUCCAUUGCCUCGUUUGAAUGUGAGGGAACUGGGUGUUGGUACUGCCCUUUUAAAUUUUAUCCCUGUGAGAUUUUGUGUGAUUGGUAGUGAAUAAAUUGUAAGGUGGUUGGAAGAAGAUAAGAAUAUUCACUGGGUGUGUUUGGUGUGGGUUGGUUUUUUUUUAGGAGGGGAAGGGAAGUGUGUAUGUGACAAUUUUACUUUUUAUUGAGUCCAGUUGAGAAUGUUUUAUUUAAUAUGAUGAAGAAACUGAAAAAUAUCUCAAGGAUGUUAUCUGGUCACUUUGCUAGAUAGGGGUUGUUGUGUUCUUGGCCUCCUAUUUUAUAGAAGACAUCCUUUUCUCCCAAGCCGCUUGGGAUUUUUGACUCUGGGAAAGACUUUGCAUUGAAGUGCUUCUUGAGAUGCUCAAGGACAUUUGGAGCUGGCUUGUAUAUAGUGCUAAGUGUGCAAGCUAGAAUGAGCUGUAGUGAAGGCUUGAACUCAUGAGCUCUCUUCUCUUCCAGAAGAAGAAUUUAUGCCACGUUUCAUUUCAAAUUCCAUAAAUCUUGACUGCUUUCGUAUGAAUUGAAUAUUUGUGGCUUCAAACAGGUUCACAAUCCAUCGUUUGCAGUGGGCUUGUUUUAGUUGUAAGAGUUUGAACCAUGGUCACAGAAGCAUAGAAUUGUAGAGUUGGAAGGGACACCAAGUCCAACUCCCUGCAGUGCAGGUAUGCAGCUAUUCUACUGUACAUUAUUGGUGAAAACUGAAAGUAGGCUAGGCAGAAAUCUUUUGUCCUGCAAUACAGGUGCUGAGGUGGAUUUGGACUCUCACAGAGCACUAUGCCAUGAGACAUGUAUGAUAAAUAACUGAUACCUUCUUGCUUCAGAAAUAUUCUUUCCAUAUGUGUGUGCAAAUUUAGUCAACAAUGAAAUAAUCAAUUUAAACUCAUAUAAUCAAUCUUAAUUGCAGUCUUUUUGCAAUCUGUGUUCAUGUUAUGCCAGACCAAAGAUACACUGGCAGAAUGGCCAGUGUCCCCCGUGUCUGGUAGUGGGGAAACUCACAACCAGAAAAUGGCCUAUAUACCCCUGGGAUCUAUGGAAAAGAAUGCAGCUGCCCACUGAUCACAGCCCCCUGCCACACAAUACAGACAGAAUGCAAGAUAACACUUUAUAAGGCCCACUGCCACAGUUCGCAGUUACCCCUGUACAGUGGUACCUCUGGAUGCUCCGUUCCGGAGCCCCGUUCACAUCCAGAAGCGAACGCAACCCGCAUCCGCAUGCAUGCGCGUGCGUGGGUUGUGAUUUGGCGCUUCCGCGCAUGCGCGUGACAUCAUUUUGAGCAUCUGUGCAGGCGGCGAAACCUGGAAGUAACGCGCUCUGUUACUUCCGGGUAGCCGCGGAGCACAACCCGAAAAUAUUCAUCCCGAAGCUACUUCAACCCGAGAUAUGACUGUAUUGCUAGCCUCUACCUUGAAUACCCUUUAUGCUACUCACAGCCACUGUUUUCGAGUAGAAUACAGAGAGCUUACAUAGCUCUCUAGGCAAGAGCCCUGGAGAGGUGCUUUCACAGCCCUCUGUGGAACGGGGUCAAGACCUACUGGAGGGGAAAAAAAGAUUUUUAUCAAGCAUCCAUUGGGAGGGGUCCAGAAUAUACAGAACUCUUUCAGGAAGGGAGUCUGAGGAACCCAAGGCAAAUAGUGGCAACAAGAGGCAUAAUUAACAAUUGCUGGAAUGCUACCUGGCAGGGCUGGCCUAUCAGUCAAAAUGAAGGAGGUGGCCCUGCUAGGUGGCAUUCCUACAGACCUAGACACCCAGGCACACCUAGGUCAAUUAGUACUAUUGCAUAAAAUAAUAGUCUGUCUCCCCCAUGGGACAACCAGCCCUUUUGGCCCACCCCCUCUCUUGGCAACCCACAUAACCAGCCCAGCCCUUCUCCACCAGGCUGGCUCAUAUACCCUGGCAGCAGUACCCACCUUUUUAUGUUGAGAUUCAUAGAGACACCAUUGACCCUUUGCUGAAGAGGCUUGCUGAUCUUUCAGACAAGUCUAAACUUAAUUCUCUCCACUUAGGCAAAGAUCAUAAGACGACCUGACUGGUAGCCAGAUUCUGUGUCCAGAUUUGUAGGCACAGAUCAUCUUCUAGAAUAAAAUAGCUUACUAGGGAAAUGCUGAAGUUGCCAUUUGGGGCGCCUCAGGGUUAAUUUUUUAUGGUAGCCCAAAUCUCAGUUGUACAGGUGUAUGUAUAUAUCUCAGUUUUAACUCAUGAGUUAUUGCUGCAAUCUGUUCCGAUUGUACAUUUUAUCUUUAUGAACGCUGUUUUUUAUUGUGUUAUGUUAUGUGAGCUGGUCUUUGACCGUAAUAAAUUAUCUAGAGGACUGCCCCCUCUCCUCACAGUACAGGGUGCUUGAUUGAGCAUAGAGAAGAGGGACUACUACUUCUGAGCUCAUCAUGGUUCAUGUUUCACUCCACCCACUCAGAAUCCUAUCCCGAGGCCAGCUGAAGCUAAAUCAUAUUAGAGAGGGUGUGGGGGGAAGAACCCAUGUGUACCAGUGCCUGCUGACAGAGAAACAAUACAUGGAAUGUUCAAAGCCUUUAUUGGGUUAGAAUCAGUGUAUUAUGAAUAGGAAAUAACAUUAUCUGGAGCGUUGCCAACUGGUCAUCUCAGCAGUGGUCAUCUCCUGUUCCUUGGACAAGGGCUCUAUAGACAGUAGAGUAGCAGGUGCAGUGUCUCUUACGGCACUAUUGCUUAAAUGAUAUGUCUGUUCAGGGUGUGGCCCUUGAGAGCUGCAAUUUCUUGGUUUUUUGGAAGCUGGGUGAAUAGGGAAGCCUUUUAAAACACAGCUUGUUAAACGAAAAACUUUUUUUGUUAAAUGAUUCUUAUAUGCCGCCACCUUCAACCUGGAUAAACACAGGGAAGUUAUGUGUGGGAUGGGUCUGUCUUACACUUGAAGGAUCACAAGAUUAGCACUAGAAGUGACCAAAAGGCCAGAGUGUAUGAAUUCUGGUGUGUGGGGGGGGAGAGACCCUCCCUAGCCAAAACAGGAUUAUUGAAAAGUCAAGAGCUUGCUUACUAAUUUACAAUCUUCCAUAGUUUACAUCUUCACCAAGUGUAGAACCUGUCUUCCUGAAACUAAUUAACAUUUAUGGCAAAUAUGGAAUACUGCCAUGAUUAUGUAAAGAGUAAUUCACAAGCAGUGCCAUCUGUAGAUUGUUAUGACUUUCUGGCUAGCUUCUGAUAAAGUAACUUCCUGUGCAGUUCUUGUAUUUCAGCUUUUGCAGGGAUUAGUUAGUUACUGGAAUAGCAUCAAGAAUAUAUAUUGUUAAUUGUUUGGUUUUUACUCUAUAUGCUCUUGAUUCUUUAGUAAGAAAUCACCUUAAUUCUCAGUGUUGGUACUGUGCAACCUGUUUAGCAUGAAUAGAAGCUCAUAGCUUUUAUACCAUAGUCUGUGCAAUUUGAAGAGAAGACUCACUAUUCAGAACUAGGUAAUGAAUAUGGUAGAAAGUGGCAAAGUGAUUCUGUUCAGUGUUAAUAUUCGUUGGAUCAUCUCUUUCGAAUGUUCUGGUAGAAAGGGACAUGGAGCCACUUUUGGCCAGAGAGCUGGAUCCUGUUGUGGUCAGCCUUCUACAAGCCAAAACUGACAUCAAAUCACCUGACAUUAUACAAUGGUGGAUCUGACUAUGGCUUUGAGUCUUGUAUUUGGCACCCACUUGAAACAGUGGAAGCCUUUUGCUUGCAAAGGAACAAAUAGGGGCAUACUCUAGGGUUCUGGAUUGGUUUUUUAUAACCAUAGCUUUGCCUGUCCCUGAUCGUGGUUAGGGGAGACAGCCUGGUGGACACAAUAGGCCUGGUGACUUUAAUUUGGCCCAAGCACCAGAGGUUUCCUUACUUGUAUUCUAGAAAAACCACACAUACAUAAAAUAACCUCCCAAAGUGCUUUAUCCAAAGGAUCUAAAUGGUAUUUUGUUUCAGAUAAGUAAUCCCAAUUGAACAAGCUUCAAAUGCUUGUGAUGCUUAUCUCAUACUAUGAACCUUUAUUUAAUUCUCAAAAGAUUGAUUUAAUGCCAGGUUUCAAUCUAAGAAUAGUAAUAUAUUAAGUGUAUCCAUAUAUUGUUUUGCACCUGGUGAUUAAAAGUAUUUUUUCCUUCUAAUUUCAUUUUUAAUUUACUUUGUUUCUUUGAAAGUAUGUUUACUGUUGUUUUAAUUUCUGUGCCACAUCUCCAAGGCUCCUGGUGGCUUACCAAAGAAAACCAAAACCAAAACCCAAACACCCUCCCAUAACAACAGCAACCACCCAUGGCAUGGGUGUAAGUAGAGUUUUGGUCACAUGAAAAGGCUUUCACACCUUCCUCCUCCUCCUGCAGCCCUGAAAACCGACUUCUGAGAGCUGGAGAGCCCUCAUGUCAUAACAUGAUAUGGUGUGAUUGCUGCAAUGAGAGGAGGACUUUGUAAAAAGCCCGGAAGGAGUUCCUCCCCUUGCAUUGAAAGGUGUUCCUGUAUGCAACAGGCCCUUUGGAUUCGAGCAAAUAUAAAACCUCAUAAAAAAUAGCAUAAUUUCUAUUUAGUUGAUCCAGAAAGACUAGCCAGCCAGAUAAAUGCCAAGUGAAAAAGCUGAUCUUUACAUUCUCCACUAAAAAUCCAAUACAUUGGAAGAACUGCAGACCUCUGAGCGGGAAUUUUUCUUGUAACCUCGGGGACGGCUAUAAAAGCCCUGCUUUUAACUACAACAUUUCUAGGCCUUCACAGAUUUGGAACACAAAGUAGCACUAGAUACUAACUGAAAGUAAACCUUUAUUGCAGAACCUUGAUGUUUAUUGGAUGGUGGGAUAUUUGUGUGGUUUGACAAAGAGCUGAUUUUGCUGCCUUUUUUAUUUAUAGGAAACACAUGAAAUUGUGGCCAUUAAGAAGUUCAAAGACAGUGAAGGUAUUUUUUCCACUUGCAUAUAUCAAUGCAUUGGUGAGGAAAUUCAGCAGGCUUUGUGUCUUAAGAUAAAAAUCUGUCCCAUUAUAUAAUGCUUAUUUUAGUGUCGUUUGUGUUAAGCAUUGACUAUUUCCGAGACUCACAAUAGCUACUUAAAAGCUAACUCUUUUGUGUGGCAAAGGGGACCUAAGGAGAUUUGUUCCAAAGCUUCUGCUGACACAAUGCUAGAUGUUUAGUGUUAAACCUGUAUGCUUUCCACAUUAUGAACAGAUUUUAACUUUUAUUUUUGGUACUUAUAGCUCCCUUUAAUUUAUUCCAAGUAGUUAAAAUUAUUUUCAGGAAGGAAGGUUAAACUUUUUAUGUUGCAGUCAAUAAUAAUAAUAAUUUAUUUAUACCCCGCCCAUCUGUCUGUAUGUCAUGUAGAUCUUCAAACUUACUAAGAAUGAUAUAACUGAUGCAAUUAGAUCUUAUAAUUUUGAGAAACUUGCUUUCAUAUCCAAUAUAGAAAUAAACUCUUGUCUUAUUAAUCUUCAGUUCUUGAAUUUUUAACUAGAGAACAUGGGACUCUUGAUUUCGAUAGGGUCGUUGAUACGCUACUAGUUUAUUUCAUACAGAUUCACAGUUUUUAACUGCUCUGUAUAAUUUAUUUAAACUUGCUCUCUCAUCUCAAAAGGCCUUUUUCAUUAUCAGUUUGUCAUAGAUGCUGACAUAGUCUACUGUCAAUGUCACACACACUCCAUCACAAACAUAAUUCAGGGGAAAGCAGCAGGCAUAUAAUUGAUCGUCCCAGAUUCACAGAAUCAUGAAUUAAAGUUGUGACUAGCUUACUAUGUUCCCGAUUUCAGGAGUGAAAUUCUCUUUUAUCCUAUGUGAGAUAAAAUAAUAAUAAUAAUAAUAAUAAUAAUAAUAAUAAUAAUAAUAAUAAUAAUUAUUUAUACCCAACCCAUCUAGCUGGGUUUCCGCAGCCACUCUGGGCGGCUUCCAACAGAAUAUUAAAAUACAAUAAUCUAUUAAACAUUAAAAGCUUCCCUAAACAGGUCUGCUUUCAGAUGUCUUCUAAAAGUCUGGUAGUUGUUUUUCUCUUUGACACCUGGUGCGAGGGCAUUCCACAGGGCAGGUGCCACUACUGAAAAGGCCCUCUGCCUGGUUCCCUGUAAGACUGGUGAAGUAAGGUACUUUUUUACCUCCUCCAAGUGCAAUGCCCAAAACUAUGGAGACGGACCACCUGAGACCCACACGUGUAUGAGAAAGAAUUGCUUUUAAGAUUAGGAAAACACAUCAAUUUGCUUAUAAGAAGUUGAUAAAAGCCUGUACUUAGUGUAGGCACUUAUACAUCACCAAAAAAGAGGAUAUGCACCAACAAAGAAGAGGACUUAAAUGGGGAUAGAAGUUGCAUGUGCAAAUUUAGAAAUAAUCACUAGAAUUCAAAUUUCAUUUAGAUAAAUCAUUUAAUUCCUAUCCAGAUCACCUGAAAUAAAAUUUUCAGUUUGCAUCCCACCCAUAUUUCCCUUUCAAAUCAGACCUUUACAAACUACCCAAUUGAUUUCCAAUCAAAAUGAUCCUGUUCCAUAAUUUUACUAUUAAACGGCCUACUUUCUUCAGUUAGGCAGCUUUAAGACACCAUACUAUUUUUGAUAAAUGGAAAUUGAAACUUGGGCUGCCAUCCUAAACACAUUUAAAGCAAUCUAAACCAGACACCUUGGAGUUUCAGCCAGAGCUAUGUUGGGAUAAGUCUUUCACCCUGGCUCAGCAGGUGGAAGUUAAGGUGGUGUAAGCCCCCCAAAGGGGUGUUCAGAGGCUGUGGAAGGGUUGCCUUUUAGCUGGGUUCCCUGAACUAGUACCCCAGUGGAACUUAACCUGCAAAAAAGGGCAGUGUACGUCAAAUUCUUCCCAAAUGGAGUUUGGAAUGGGGGUAAAUUAACCUGGGGUAAGUUGUGCCAGCUUACUGAAGCUGAAAUUGCUCUGUUACUCAGGUUGCUGGUGUGUUGUUGUUCUCUCCUGCUGCAGUGGGUGAGAGGCAGGGUACAUAUUUGAUGGAUAUUCAUCAGGCAACACCCCUCCUUCCUGGUACAGCAUUUCCUUAACACAUAAACUUGCCUGCUGACAUUCCGCCUGUCAGGCAGUUGUUGAAAGUAGAACAGUAAGCAGUAUUACUUGUUCUUACUCUCCACUUGAAAGCUCUCCUAGCUUUUCCUUUUCACUCAGACUGAUUCUUCAGAGUCAGAAAGGCAUGGGUUCUUCACAGCGAGUGUUUAGGGCAAAACAAAAUGUGAUGUUAAUUGCAUGAUUGUGGUUUGUUGGCAGUAAACAAACCACAGGUAAGCCAUUGGGAAAGGUUUGAAUGACCGAAAAACUUCAACCUAUUUCAGCAUGUUUCCUUGGAAGUAGUUUCCUCUUAAGUUGAGUUUCACCUAUCACAAGCAUGUUUAACAGUGUAGCUUAGCGCAAAAUUCAGCAGUUACAUAUAAUGAUAGACUUCUCAAUCACAGAGCAUACUUGGGAGGCAGUGUUCUAGCAGAGAAUGGUUGUUUAGCCCUUCAUGCUGUCUGCUUUCCCAUCCCAAAAAAGUUCUUCUUGCAACUAAUUUUUAUUUUAUUAAAUUAAUUAUUAAUAAUUAGUUUAAAUAAACUAAUUAUUUUGUUAAAUUUGUAUACUGCCCUUCAUGAAGAUCUCAGGGUGGGUGGCAACAUAAAAAUACAAAAUGGGAACACAAAAUACAUAAUAAAACAAAACAAAGCAAUAACCCUCUCCCCAACACAUUUGGAAGGAUAUAGAGUUUUAAUUAGCCAAAGGCCUGGUUAAAGAGGAAUGUUGUCUUCUGGUGACUAAAAAUGUAUGAUGGACCUAGCCGAGAUGGACCUACAUGGGGGUUUGUUCCAUCUUGCCUGCCAUUCCUGUUCCUCUAGUUUCAAACCCAGUUCUUGCUCCCACGUUAUUUUAAGACCUUUUGUACCAUUCACUUCUGAUUUCAAUAAACCACGGUACAGUAUUGAAAUUAAUCUCUUAGUAUUACCACUUGAGUGCUUCAUAAAACCUUCAGACUCUGAAAGUUUAUGUGUUGCCACGUCUCUUAAUACCUUUUGAAUGGAAAAAGGAGAGUUCUCUACCUCCACAGUAGACUUGGCACUUGUAUCUUUCUAGUUUUUCUUUAGUUUAUCCUCCGAUAUGCGAACAUUGUCUAUGUAAAAAUCAUAAUACAUUUCCUUAGCCCUAGUAUAAUAAUAGUUUUUAAGAAUAUGCUUUCGUACUAACAUUGAUGGAGUACUUGUAAUGUUAUAUGAAUAGAGGAUUGAUAGUGGUAGACUUUCCUUGGUGUCAAAAUUUUAAUGAAUCUCUUUCCAUACAAGGAGGGUUUUUGUUUUGUUUUUUAAAGUUAGUUUUACCAACUUUCCUUUUUAACUUUUAGAAAAUGAAGAGGUCAAAGAAACUACUUUACGAGAACUUAAAAUGCUCCGUACUUUGAAACAGGAAAACAUAGUCGAGCUGAAAGAAGCUUUCAGAAGAAGAGGAAAACUGUAUUUGGUGUUUGAAUAUGUAGAAAAAGUAAGUUAAAAAAAAAAAAUUAGUUCGGGUGUUCCUAAACCUGAAACUAAAAUAAGAAGUUAUUUUUAUCCAUCAAAAAUUGUUAUAGUUUUUAUUCUUGCAGAAAUAAUAUUAUGAACAGCUCCUACUUGCUUGAUUACAUUAUUCCACAAAAGUAGAUCCAUCUCUAGCCAGAAGAUAGCAAAAUCAGUUGGGACUAGGAGGAUUUAAAGUUGGACAUGUGGGCUUGCAGGAAAUAACCAAAUUAUUAGUGCAUUCUUGAACAAUAAAUGAAGAUAUUAUUUUCUGACCAAGUAAUUCUUAAAUUAAGCCACUAUUCAAAUGUGGCAAAACUUCUUUUUUCCGAUCCUAACUAGUAGCAAAUUCUACAUUUAGUUAUUUUUCUAGGAAAUGUUUGUUUCUUAACCUGUAGUUUCACCACCUAUAGAUAAGAUGUGUUUUGCAAGAACAGCUAAUAUACAGGGUGAGUCUUUUAAAAGAGGAUACUCUGUAUCCACGGGGCCUCUUUUAAAGGACUCACCCUGUAUUUUUACUGUCUGUUGGAGACUGAUCUUACCUAUUUGACGUAACCAAUGACCGACAGUAGAUAUUAAUUGACAGACACUUCCAGCAUCUUGUAAGCCUUUCAGUAAGGAAAACUAGAAACCUCUGAGUAAAGUCUGGAGAACACAAGUUUGUACUAUAAAAUAUAAUUUGACUAAAUGGUGAAUACCUAAUAAAUCCAUAUCCAAAAUCCUUCAUAGGUUAUUAACUAAUUAUUAAUCAUCUAGAGAGAAAGGGACCACUUUCUGUUUGACUUUAUCCUGCGUUCAUUCCGUUCAGGAGGAGCAUGUAGUCCAAGGCUCACCUCUGAUCACACCAUGGGUCUAAUUCUGGCGACCAAAUAAUAGUCCAUGGAUGAUUAAUGUAAUAGUACUUACUUCAAAGUAAGCAUGCAUGGGAUCACAACUUUAACAUGUGUAUGGUUUUUACCGUUAACCAGAGGUGGUAACAAAUUGUGAUAUGGGAUAUGAUUUAUAAAGUUACCCCAAGCAGUUUACUAAUUAAAAACAAGAGUAAAACCGUGCACAGCAAUUUGAAGCAAAUAUAAACAAGAGGAGGAACUAAAAACCCAUUAUCUACACAAUUGCUUUCAAAAACCUGUUUAAGCAGACAUAACAAUGGAACAAAAUAAAACUCUGUACUCUCUAUAGAAAGCUGUGCAAAAGCACCUGUAGCCAGGUAUAGGCAAACUCGGCCCUCCAGAUGCUUUGGAACUACAGCUCACAUCAUCCCUAGCUAACAGGACCAGUGGUCAGGGAUGAUGGGAGUUGUAGUCCCAAAACAUCUGGAGCGCCGAGUUUGCCUAAGUCUGACUUCCAGCCGUUGCUUCAACCUCACCAUUGAUUUUGUUCCUGGAUGGUCAGCUAGUGAUCAGAAUUACUUUUGCACAGCUUGGGCUGGUGUGCCAGCAGUACACUUCAAUGGAAAAAGUAGAUCUGGUCGCUAUAUGUGUCUUGAUUACAUUCUGACUGUUGCAUUGUGAUACACUUUAUGUAAGGCCGUCUCUGAAAAUUGUAGCUGGUACAGAAUACCAGUCUUUUCAGACCCAGCUUAAGAGAAGUUUCUGCUUUGUUCUGCUGUACUGUAAAUUUGUCCUUUUAUACUAUUUGUCUUUGUUUUAAGUUACAAGUAACUUAAACACUAUUGCAAGUAUUCUUGUUAAGUUUUGUGAAAGCAGAACCGAUUUCUGUCGUCUUGUAUCAGAACCAGAAGUCUUAACUAACUGCCAUAUUCUGGAUUAUUGUAAAAAUUGAACGUGUGUAGACUUUUCUCUGAAAUGAAGUUAGAUUAACAUAUCUGUAAUAUUAAUAAGUCAUGAUGUUGUUGCAUAAUUAGUUUUUUAAAACUUUGCAAUUAUGGUAGUAAUCUAGAUUAACUUUUUUUAGCCUCUAAUAUAAUUAUGCUUUCACUCAUAGAAUAUGCUUGAAUUGCUAGAAGAAAUGCCAAAUGGAGUUACACCUGAAAAAGUAAAAAGCUAUAUUUAUCAACUAAUAAAAGCAAUUCAUUGGUGUCAUAAAAAUGAUAUUGUUCAUAGAGGUGAGUAUAUCAGAAAUAAGAACACAUGUCAACAAACUUAGCUUUCCUCUAAUGCAUAUUUUUGCCUCUCCUUACCUUGUGAACCUCAUUACCCUGGCCUUGGACACUGAGGUGUAUUUUUUUAGGACCCAUCUUAUUUUCUGGGACUGUAUCCCCCCCCCCCGUAUGCCCCAAAAUAUGUAACAGCGAGUCUCCCAACCCUCUAGAGCAGAUUUUGCCAGUGCAUAAAUGACUGCAGGGAAGGGCGGGGGAGGAAGGUCUGUUGCAAAGUCUGUUGCAUGAGCAAGCCAGCAGUAUUUGAUACAACCCCAAAAGUAGAAUUUGUUAACAUUUUUCUGUAUUUCAAAUAAAUAGGGUUAAAAAAAACUAAUAAAUCAAUUAAUAAUGCAGAACUAGUGAAAUGCUAUGAUGCUAAUUUUUUCCUACACAUUUAAUAUUUCAGAUAUCAAGCCAGAGAAUCUCUUAAUAAGCCACAAUGAUAUUUUGAAAUUGUGUGACUUUGGUAAGGAUUUUCAUUUUUUUAAGCACACUCUUAUUUUAAAAGGGUGUCUUGUUUUUAUGUUCUGUAUAUUAUGACUUUAAAUUUGUAAUUUGAACUAUGUUUGUCUUUGUUUUGCUUCAUCUGAAAAACUUUUCUUUUUAACAUGUUUUGUAGGAUAAUUAGUUUCUACAAUAAAAACAAAAAUGUUUUCUCUUUUGCUAGUAAUAAAUAGUCCAGUUCUUUGAAUGGUUUGCCAGUUAGCAUUUCAGUGCAAAAAUAGAUGUAUAUACACGCAUACGCACACAUCCAUUCACCCCACAGUAAAAGUUGGGGCAUGAAUGGCAGAAAUUGUAGCUCCACCUGACUGGGACUUGACACCAUUGAAUUAAAGGAAUUCUGAAUAUACAUAGGAUUGUGGCCUAAUUUUGUUGUGCUGAUACAGGAGAAUUACUUGAGCUGCCCUGAAAUGCCUAAGUGUGUGAAGAUAUAAGGUGGAAUUCAACAUCCAGCUAUGGCAUUCUAUCUAGUAUUCAGAGACAUAGUGUAUAUGAUCUUGAAGGUAGUAGGUACCAUCCAUGACUAAUAGCCAUUGGCAGCUUUAGUCUCCAUGAAUUGGUCUAAUUAUCUUUGAGAGCCAUCUCCACCGCCUAUGGAAGUGAGUUCCAUAGUUAAACUACCCACUGUAUAAAGUACUUCCCUUUCUCUGUCCUGAAAAUCCCACCAUCCAUUGGAUGUUCCUGUGUUUUUAGUACAAUGGUACCUCGGGUUAAAAACACUUCGGAUUAUAGACUCCGCUAACCUGGAAGUAGUACCUCGGAUUAAGAACUUUACCUCAGGAUGAGAACAGAAAUCACACGACGGCGGCACAGCGGCAGCGGGAGGCCCCAUUAGCUAAAGUGGUACCUCAGGUUAAGAACUGUUUCAGGUUAAGAACGGACCUCCAGAACGAAUUAAGUUUGUAACCAGAGGUACCACUGUAUUAUGAGAGAGAGAAAGAGAAACUGUUCUUUACCCACCACGCAUGAUCUUAUAUACCUCCGCUAUGCUCCCCUUAAUUGACUUUUCCUAAACUAAAAAGCCCCAAAUGUUGUAACUUUCCCUCACAGGGGAGUUACCUCAGACACGAAACAUUUUGGUUGCUAUUUUGAGAGCUCUGUCAUAUAAGUAAUCCUGGAACAGCUACAAUAGCCAAUAAUUGUGGUAUUCUUAGCCAAAAUACUCGUCAGUAUUCUAUUCAUCAUCAGACUCAGGAUCUGAAGCAUUGAAUUUGAAAGCAAAAUAUAUCAGUGUUUUUGAGCUUUUAGAACAUUAAGGCUGUAAUCCUGUACCUGAGAAUAAGCUCGGUUGAUAACAGUGAGACUUACUUCAGAGUAGACUUGUAUAGGACCGUGCUGUUGUAAGUCUGUGUUUCUUAGCUUCUUUUGUAGAAGCGGUUUUCAUUCUGUGAUUCAGGAACACACACACACAAACCCAAAUUCUUUGGAAAUUUACCAGUUUCACCGUAAAAAGGACAGAUAGGCUUUUCUGAAAGAUUCCUUACAGAUUUUUUUUUGCCUGUGGGAAAGAUUUUCUUUUUCCACUUAGUUUCUUACUAUUAUUUAAGAAAGAGUCCAAAGCUAACACAUAAGUGCUUUUUAGAAGUGUUUGUCUGCUAUGCCUUAAAUAUGCUAUGCUUUCACUUCCGGGGUGGCGCCAUCGGCAAUGGCGGACUCCCUCUGAACUGGAGGGACUAGCUCUGCGUGAAACGGGUCUUUUCCGCUACGGCGAAGCGGGGACCCUGCUAAAAAUCACAGGCGGAUGAAGCCUGUGACCAUGGUACUCAGCGGGCACCCUUAGCGCCCCCCCCAACCCGGCAAAGGAACCCACUAACGGGCUCCGAAGUGAAGAGGGGGAAGUGGCGCGGUGCUGUGAGUCAACUGCUAUUUCCGUGGAGCGAAGCCGCAUAGCCGUUGCCGGAGAGCGCUGCCUUUUUCCUGGGACAAUUUGGCUUCUAAAAUAAGCACCCGUGAGUACUUAAAAUUUGAACAAUCGGACUUUAAAUAAGGACUUGCGUGCAGAAAGGAAUUGGACUUAAAAAUUUACUUCAAUUUGGUACUGAAACGGGAAGGUCUAAACAGGAAGUCAGCCUUCCGUUUAUUUGUAGACAGAAUAAAGCAAAGACAACGUAAACUAGAGCUCAGAAAAUCGCCUCUAAAGGAUUGGAUUUCAUCAUUUAAAAUUGUGGAACCCCCCUUUGACAGCAGGAGAAGAAGGGGGAUCUUUUUGGACUGUUUAAACCUGCAGAAGUGAGUUUAAAGUAAAGUAACUUUCCACCGUCCUGAUCCUGGAGCGGGGUGUCAGGACUGACGUUUGAAGCUCAUUGACCAGAGACAAACGUUUUUGACAGAUAGUUAAAGGAAGAGAAACAUAGUGAUUCCACUGUUUCCUUUCGCAUUUUAAGGAACAAAUAUUGACAAAAUAUCUCAAAAGGAUACUUUGUUGCAAGAACAAAUAGAAGUUCUCCCCUAGAGGGAGACUGUGAAACUGUAACUAAUUCCAGGGAGCUUGCAGCUGUCACAGAUUACAAUCGUGGGAAUGGACUUGUGACCUUGUAGGACAAUGUAUUCAGAGGCUCUGUUGUGUGCUCUCUGGAAAACAAGUGCCCUACUGGAACAGUUAAAUGAGAAGAUGGAUUUGAUGACUAAUGCGGCCAGAAUUUUUGAACAGGCAGUGGGAAACUAUGUGGAGCCCACCCAGGAAUUAGAACAGGAGUGCGUCCUGACAGAGCAGAUGAGAGAAGAGGAUGUUGCUGAAUCUUGGGCGCCAGAGAUGGAGGGAGCUGCGGCCUUGCAGGAGCAUGAGCUUUUGGACUUGACAAAUGAACUUGGAAAACGUUCAGAUUUGGAAAGAUAAAGUUUGGAUUGGUUUGGAAAUGGGGGGUUGGAUAGACCCCCCUACGCAGGGAUGUUUGGACUUUCCGAGUCUGGCAAUGGGCCGUGAGAUGUUUGGAGCUGUGGGGGCUCUCAAUUUUGGAGGGAUUCUGAAACAUGUUUUUAAAUACCACAUGGAGUUGAGUCUGGACUAUGGAAAAGGGGCUGAUUUGCUGAAAAGGGUCAAAAACAUCACCAAGCUGGAGUUCCCACGAGUGAAAGGAGAAUAUGAAGAAGAGCUGCGGAAGGGACAUGGAAGAGAUUUAAGGGCCUCGGAUAUAAGGUUACCAGGUUAAUGCGCUAGAUCGAUGGGAUAAAAAGGACUGACAAAACCUGGGACCAGGAGGAAGGGACGCUGGAGGAAGACUCGAUUAUUUUUAUCUCUUUUUUUUAUUACUAGGAUUGUUUUAUAAAUUUGAGGAAUGUUAGAAAAAUGCUGGAAUGAAAUUACUUGGCUCUAGUAAAAAUGUUUAAAGAAUUAGGUAAGAAUAUUAUGGUUGUGAGAAGUCGGUAAAAAUAAGAUCUAAAGUUUUAAGUUUUUAAGGUUUUCUAUAAGAUAAGAUGAAAAUAGAUUAAGGUAAUGUAAUGACAGAAUAUUAUGAAAUAUGGAAAGGAUUUGCUGCGAUAAUUAUUAACUAGGAUACAAAAAAAGGGAGGAGGAGGAGGUCAAAGAAAGAAGGUAAUGAAAGUUGAGGAUUUGAGAAUGAUGGAGUUAUUAUUGUCUGUUUGCGGCGUAUUUUUGUUUUUUGAAUUUGUAUUGUUUGAUGUGGUUUGUUUUUUCUUUGUUUUUUUUUUCCUUUUCUGCUUUGUUGUUUCUCUGUAAUUUAAAAAAUUUUCAAUAAAUAUCAUUUAAAAAAAUAAAAUAAAUAUGCUAUGCUUUGUACUUAUAGAAUGUGCAGUAGCUGCUUAGACAUGUAUUGUGCAGGUGCGAUUUCUUGCUAGUAAAAAUGUUGAGAGAAGAGUACUAAGCAUAGACUAAUUGUGACAGAUGCACUUGGCUAUUAUACUACGGUGUUUCAUGCUCUAGUACAUCUGCUCUGUUUUGAGACUUGCUUCCCUCCCACAAGAUUAGGCUUACUCAUUUGGGCAGUUAUGUAGAAGUAUGCAGGGUUUCACUUAGACUACUGAAAUAUCAAAUGUAUUUGCAAAUGGAUAAGUAUCAAAUAGUUCAGUUGGAAAUCCAUAUCAGAGAAGUGGCCUCUAGCCCCAUCCAUAAACAUGAAUUCAUGGUAAGAAUGCCCACCUUCUACAGCAAAAGGCUGUUCUGUAGGUUUGGCUUUUAAGAGAAGCAGCUCCCUUUCUAGGCAAUAGUGAUAUACUUGCUACCAGCAGUAGAAUCCUGAUGGAACAAACAUUCGUGUUCCUACCUAAUUGGAUGACCCACUUCAUACAUUCCAUAGAAGCAACAAGAAAGAAAGCCAAAUGACUUUAGCUUCCUUUCCCCACACUUCCAGGUCUGUGAUGAAAGCAAGAGAUGCAUACUUGAAUCCCAGUUUGCUGCCUCUCCCCUUCCACAGAAGGCCUGGAAAGAAGGCGGGGCGUGAACUACAAAUUAUAUUUCUGUUUAUGCUGCUUCUGGGUUAACAUACAAAUGCCUUCUCUGUGGAUCUGCUUUUGUGCCACAUAACGUUACAUUACUGUUCGUGGGAUAACCUACAGGACUUGACUUAACUGGAAAAAGAACAUCCUGUUGCACAAAAAUUUGAAGACUGCUAAUGUUGAAUAACUAGUGGCAAGGUGGCUUUUAUGUGGAAUGCAGUAAAACUGACAUGCAAAUAGCUCAUAAUUUUUUUUAAAAAAGAGCAUUUAACUUAAAAUGCUAAAAUUAAAUGCUAAAAUAAAUGUAUAUUCACAUUCAAGUCAUUUUCAAAUUACCUUGAUACAGGCUUUGCACGGAAUUUAUCAGAAGGGAGCAAUGCUAACUACACAGAAUAUGUGGCCACCAGGUGGUAUCGUUCUCCUGAACUCUUGCUUGGGUAAGUAAUCUAUCUGUAGAUAGUGUACCAUUUUGCAAAUCAUACCCACUAACUAGCAUUUGGUUGCUAAAGUUUUAACCUUCAAUAAGGAGCAUAUUUAAUUAUUAUUUUCGUUGCUUAUUUCCAUUGGCUAGUUUCAUAAUCAGCACUAAAUUGAAGCCUGAUUUAGUACUGUAAUUUCAUCGUUCAGAAAAAAAAGCAAAAAUGUUUUUAUAGGAUUGGAUUCUAAUGAAAUCUGUUAGCUUUACAUGUUUUAGGCCACAGAUGGUCAACUUCUGCAGCAACUAGACUGUAUGUUUUGGCAUCCGUUUGGAGCCCACUCAUUUGAGCAUUCCAUAGAGCCCAGGAAUGUGUGUGUGAAGAGCCCUACCCAGCAGAUAUUCAUGUGGCCUCCUGGUAGUCGAGCUUCUGAUACCUCUGAUUUAUAGAUUCGAAAACUGGAUCAGUUUUUCUGUCACUUUCUUGGUUUUUCUUUUAUGUACACAUUCUCCAAGCAUCUGGUCAGUUUGUGUGUCUUAUUUCCUUACAUAUUACCACAUUAUGUACCAAUUACCAGCAUCUGAACCUCCUGCAUUCCUUAUCAUCUUCUAUUCUGGUCAGUGCUGUGAGAGUCACAAUGAGACUGUCAUUCACCAUAUGCAGUAUUGGUGAAGAAUAUAGCUCAGCCCUGGGAAUUGUUCUGCCCCUCCCCAUAUUCUAUUGUCUCUUACCUCUUGUCAUUUCUUUAAGUCUUCGUCCAUCCUAGAUCUGACUUUAAAUGUGUCUCUGCAUUUUAUUUAUUUAUUUCAUAAAAUUUAUACACUGCUUUGAUUGUAAAAAAACAAACCUCAAAAUGGUUUACAAAAAGAUAAAACACUAAAAUCAAGAAAAAAAAUCACAACCAUACUUUAAAACAUACAAAAAUUAAAAUACUAAAAGAAAUUAAAAUGAUCUCAACUCAAUUCAGCUAGCUGCUGCUGUGGAAGGUAAAUUUAACCCCUUUCUGCCUUGCUGCACUCCUGAAGAAAAUCUCUUCUCUGAAGUUGCCAUUUCCAUCAGGGAAGAAAUUCUGCAUUGGUGCCAGUGUGGGUUUUCCCCUCUAAGUUUUCAAACGGGGAUUUUCCUCAAGACCACAGCAGAGGAGGAAAUUGUCCUUUGAUACCUGCAAUUCCAGUGUUCCCAUUUUUAUUUGCACAUAAAAAGACGUGUUAAAUGGAAAGGUGCAUUUAACAUCAGCCUGUGUUUCUGCUUAAAGGCUGUUCAACUCAAGAAAAAAAUGGUCUGGGCAAUAAUUAUUGUGAAGUGAAUGAUGAGUGGGGCCCAGAAAAUCCCAUUCUCCCCCCCUCAAAUUAAAAUUUCUGGGUAAGGUAAUGCAGCUCUUGAAUAAAUUUUGAAUUCAUUUGAAUACAAUUUAAAUGACACAUAUCGUAUACGUAUGCUGCAGUAUAUAUUAAAAUACUUCAAAUUUCACUAUUUCUUGAGUUACGUGCUUCCAAAGUGUGACUUUAUUUUAAUAUGGAUAAAGAAAUAAUUUUAGAUGCUCCAGGUAUAGCCCACACAUCUUUCUCUCGUUGUGGUUAUGAUUAUAAUUAAUAUGGGUCAUUUUUUGCACUUUAGCUGUUUUAUAUUUUUUUUCCUGAGUGUUGAAAACAUUAGAGUUUUGAAUUCCUUAUAUGCUACAGUGCCAUUUUAAUAAGCCUGAAAGAGAGCAGGGAAACCUGACAAAUAGCUAAUUAUACUACCAAAUAUUUUAUGACUUUUUCCCAUGGUAAUAACCUAUAAUUUCCCUUGACUUACAAGAAUUGUAAAGCUUUUACUAGCAUGACUAUGAAGAGCUUCCUUUCUCUCUUACAUUCCUGUUCAUUCUUAAAAUAAUUUGUAUUUUAAUUAUUUUUAAAUAGCUUUUAUGGUUGCAUUUUAGUUGUUGUAUUUGUUUUGUGAGUUCACAGUAUUAUUGAAAACCUUUGUUACUGGGUAGUAAUACAAACUUAAUAAUAAGAGAUAGCUUAUUCCACUGCUGUUUGAACAGAACGUCUGUUCAGAUAUUAUCCUUAGAGGGGUGUUCUCGGGAGUUGCUUGCUGUAGCUUCAAUUUUAACAUUUAUAUCAGCAGGAGUAACUUCUUGGAUUUGGUGCAUGUUUUGAUGCGCUUUGCAGACUGUAGUGGGGAGAGCAGAGCAAACCAAGACUAGUCCUGAUUUGGCCUUUAUACACCGAUAUUUAUGUGUGGUAAAUGUGAAGAAAGCAACUGAAAAUAAGCUUUCAGCAGCAGGGGACUAGUGUACUACAGUAUAAGGGGAAAGAGGUAUACCCAUCAACUGUUGCUGUUGAUGUAAAUUUGGGGUUUAUUUUUUGCAAUGGAAAAGAGAGUGGUUAUUUUUAAAUGUUUUUCCCCAUUGAAGUAGAAAGCAGCAGUUACUUGUAGUUGGUUAGAAGGACAGAGGGACAACCAAGGUCAGAUAAACAUGAGCAGUGGAAGAACACUGUUGACUUUUCAAACACAUAAUGUGAAAGUAAAAUAGUUACAGGUAGCAAUAGUAGUUACAGACAGCCAUGCCUUAAAACAGAAUUAUUCCAAGCACAGAGGAAACACUGGCCAUGGAUUGUUAUAUACCAGAUUUUCACCUUUUGAAAUAUAGCAACCCUAUUAAUGUAAGCUCCUGCCAGGUAAUCACAUAGUUUGCUCAGAUAAAACUCAAGUAUUUUGUCUCUUGGCUGUUUCUCAUUUAUGAGAUCUACAUACUGUUUGCAAUUCUGGCAGCAGUAAAUUGAACAUAUGCACAUGCAUAUUCAGUUUAAACAUGAGUCUCUUUUGUAUCAUUUAAACAAUAUUUGCUAGGAAGACAUUCUGGGCAUUCAGGUUUUUAUUGUGUGGAAUGUACCCAUGAGAGUACAUUAUGCUUUGGUCUUGCUUGCAAGCUUCCCAUGUGCAUCUAGUUGGCCACUGUGAGAACAGGAUGCUGAACUAGAUGGACGAGUGGCCUGAUUCAGCAAGGCUGUUAUUAUGUUCUUAUUAUCCAGUGCUUUUUUCUGGGGGUACACAGGGGUAUGCAUACCCCUAAACGUUUUGUGAAUCUUUGUAUUUUUUUCAUUUACUGUAUUUAUUUUUCCCAAUUUGAACUAUAAAAUGGUGAUUUUCUUGCGUCAAAAUGAGAGUACCCCUAAACAUUAUUAUUUUUUUUAGAAAAAAAGCACAGUUAUUACCCAUAGAAAAUGGAAGGAGAGACCAGAAAGGCUUUCCUCUGCCACCUUGAUUCUCCUAAAAACACCAUCUUACUUUAUCCUAAAAACAUUAUCUUACUUUCCGGAUAUGUAAGGCUUGAUGCAGUACCUUUCUGCUAAGGUUGCUGCUUAUAGUUAAGAAACUGGAAGUAUAGAGUAGGAAUAAAUGGACAGUUCUCCCAGUGUAUGAAUGUAGAAAGUAGAGUCCCGCAAGGAUCAGUUCUGGGACCUGUGUUUUUUAACUUGUUCAUUAGGAGUUAGGAGUGUGUUGUGAGGUUGUGAAGUUUGGUGACGAUACCAAAUUGCUCGAGGUAGUUCAAACGAAAAGAUUGUGAGAAGCGCCAAAAGAAUAUCUCCAAACUGGGAGAUAGGAAAUAAAUGAAUGGGAGAUAAGAUGAAAAAAUGCAAUCUGGUGUGAGUUUGUGGAACAAAAAAACACCAAAUCUCACAUAUAUGCUAAUGAAGUCUGAAUUGACAGAGACUGGCUGAAAAAAUGGACCUUAGAGUCAUUGUUGAUGAAGAUACUGCUUCUGCGGUAGUAACAACAGCUGCGGCACCCUUCUUGGAGGCCAGAUCUGCUGCCUCCUUAGCAGCAGCACCCCCAAGUCACAUCUACAGAGGCCUUUUGGUGAAUAGGAGGCGCUGCUGGUCUCCUCCCAGCCUUGUUCCCCUUGUUCCUGAUGCAGAUCUUCACUCACCCCUUCUUCUUUGGCGGGUGUUGUGUGUGUGCUAUUUUGUGGUUAGCCUCAGGUGCCAAAAUGCCUUUGCCUGCCUGGCCCGGAUGCCUCUGAAUACAGUCAUACCUUGGGAUUUAUACGCUUCAGGUUGAGCAUUUUCAGGUUGCGCUCCAUGGUGACCUGGAAGUAAUGGAACAUGUUACUUCCAGGUUUCGCCGCUCGUGUAUGUGCAGACACUCAAAAUGAUGUCACGUGCAUGCGCGGAAGCAGCAUUUGCAUCCGGAGGUACCACUGUACUCAUGGCUGGGAAUCAUAAGUUGGGAGAGUGCUGUUGCACUCUGGUCCUGCUAGCAGGCUUCUCAAAGGGAUCUGAUUGGCCACUGUGGAAACAGAAUUCUGGGCGAGAUGGGUCUUUGGUCUAAUCAACCAGGGUUCUUAAAAGGAAAUGUUAGAUUUUUAAAAAAUAAUUUUAUUUUAAAUACAUUUUUGAAGAGUUUAUUGCUGUUUAAAAUAUCAUUAUUGGGUUCUUUUAGCUUAAUUAAUGGAAUAGAUGUGACUAACAUCCUGACCUACAUGUUCAGUGUACCAAAGACAUUUUGUUCAGUUCAGCUGUAAGAUCAACAAGAGCAUUAGUAAUUCUGAUUUGGGGGGGGGGGAUAUUUUUUUGAGUGAAUUCCUAUAAAAAGGCUGGUUUUGUCAAAUUCAAAACCAAUUUUUCAAUGGAAGCAUGUACAAUUACUAUAUUUUCCUCUGUAUAUUACCUUAACUAUUGGUGCUCUAAGGAAAAGCCAUCUACUGCAUCGAAAGGUGGAGGAGUGAGCAGAGAGCUUUUUUCUCUAAAGGAUGAGAGACCCCUGAUACUGAAUUUCUUCCUAGAUACAAUACAGGGGGGAACCCUAAAACAUUGAUUUGUUAAAUUUAAUAUGUGUAUUAGUGUGCAAAGUAGCAAUAACAUCCAUGUGUUUUCUUUUCAGAGCCCCAUAUGGCAAGUCUGUAGAUAUGUGGUCAGUAGGCUGUAUUCUUGGGGAACUUAGUGACGGACAGCCCUUGUUUCCUGGCGAAAGUGAAAUUGACCAACUUUUUACAAUUCAGAAGGUGCUAGGACCACUCCCUGCAGAGCAAAUGAAGCUUUUCUACAGCAAUCCCCGUUUCCAUGGGCUGCGGGUAAUGCUUAAAUUAAGUUUUUCAUCCAUGUUUCCAGGUGGUGAAUUGUUUGGACAAUAUCUGUGUACCAAAAUAAUCGCCCUGUUCAAUAAAUAUUUUUGUAAUGAGGUAGAUAUUUAUAUAUGUGUUUCCAUUUCUGUUUUUCACUACUAACACAAGUGUGUAAUUAUGAUUCAUUAACAUAGGUCCCUAUGCACAAGGUUUAGUCGGUGGUUGGGGAAGAGAGAUUUCCUAGUAUUCUGUUCACAGCAAAUUUGAAAUUUACAGAUUGGAAGGAUAGAUAGUCCAUACUAUAUAGCGAAUUAAAUAUGUAUAUUUCACAGAUAACAUAUGUAUGUUUCACAUUUAAAAUAAUUAAUUUAACAUAAAUAAAUGAUAUUUAUUUCAUUUUUUAAAAAAACAAAUGGAUAAAUAUUGCUUGUUCUACACUGUGUAAGAGUUUCCAGAAGUGUCAACACAGCAAGUCAAAACAAUUUUUAACCUGUUAGCCUCUGUUACCAGAUUAGAAAGAGCAUAACUUUUGAGCAGAACAGGACAGGUGCCAUUGGCAAAAGUCAGCUUACCAAGGGUUCUUUCUGGAGAUUAAUAACAAGAGAUGGCAGCAUAAGCAGUGUUUUAUCUUUGGCUGGGGGCAAUCACUCCUUUACAAAAAGCUCAUUAUAUUUAUGAUGUUUAGGGAAGUUUUUAAUGUUUGACAUUUUAUUGUGCUCUGUUGGGAGCCGCCCAGAGUAUAAACCCAGCCAGAUGUGCGGAGUAUAAAAAAUAAAUUGUUAUUAUUAUUUAUAUGUGAUGCAGCUUGUUUUACCAUCUUCCAUAUAAUAAAAAGUUCCAUCCUCAGAAAGAUUUUAUCUGGAUAGCCAGAAGAGCCCAUCUGUUGGGAAAAUCUUUUAAGAUAUUCUAAGACUUCACUGCAUAUUUAAAACGUUAAAAUAAUCUGCAGUAGCAUAGCAACUUGGGUCUGCUCUGAGUAUGACUAAUGUUGAACAUCACCCUCUUAGUUAGGCAACUUGUAAAAUUAAUUGCAAUUAAGUAGAUACUAAGUUCCAGUAGUUCCUGUAAUUUAAAUGAAGAGUGCAGUAAGAGAUCAAGCUUUUCACCCUUUGAAGUUUUGUGAAACCCUGCUAUUUGAGAUAUAUGAUGACUCCCUUUCCAGUAUGUCUUCUUACAACAGCUCUCCUUCAGUUUUUAACAUUAUUAAUCAAGGGAGACAAGCAGUCUGGAAUGUUGUAUGGUAGUGCUGAAAAGUUAUGUAAUUAAAGCUAUACUUGGGAAGAACUCUCACUAUUAAGCUCUCAAACCAUUUAUAUGGCCUACUUUUGGAUCUAGUAGUUUGCCAAAGGAUAUUGCAUAUGCAAGACAUCUUCCAGAGCAAGAAAAUUAGCAGUUUGUAAACUCUGGUGGAUCAAACAGAACCAAAUAUAAUAUCUGCUAGGAGCUGCCCCCCCCGCUUGCAUUGCUCCCCACCCCUGCUCUUCUCCCCACCCCUCACCUAAACCCCCAUCCCCUCACUGCUCCUUCAGCACCCCCAACCAACCCCCACAUCCCCUUUAAAUUUCUACUCCCACCUACCUGCUGCCCCACCUGCUCCCCCACCCUGCCUACUUUCUACACUGCCACCUUGCUGCCAGCGUCCAUCCCCUAAGAGCUCCCCCCUCUGAAUCCCCUCACAGCUCACUCCAGUCCCAAGAUCACAUUUCCGCCACUUCUUACAGAGGAGAGGCAAACAAACAAACAAACAAACAAACAAACAAACAAACAGGAAAAGGUGUUUCACCUCAUGCCACCACCAACAGAAGGAAGCAUAUAUUUAAUAUUGCACACUUCCUUCUGGUAGCGAUGGUCGAAGGGGAGAAAGACUCUCCUUGGCGGCAGCGGCCAUGACAAUAACAAGGAGCAAAUGAAGGCCUGCUUGGGCAGCCUGCUCACUGACUCUUCUGGACCACCUACUCUGGACCAGUUGCUCAGCUGGGCCACCUGUUCACUCAGACCCCGGACUUCCUUUGCCCUCUUGUGCAUGCCUUUUAAUGAGUGGGCACACAGGUGGCAAUGACAGCGAUAACAACACCUGCCUGAACUUCCAGUUGGCCCACUUAUUUGCCUACUCUGCUGCCUUGCUCACUUGCACUUCCCACUGUUGUCAUGCUGCACUUCACUUGGCCGCCUAGUGGUGGCCACACAAACUUGCGGCAUGAUGACUUUUUUCUUACAAAAAUAUUAUAUAGAAAGCAAAGUACACGUGGAAACUUACCAUUGACAUUUGUUACCAUUUGUUAACUUACCAUUGUCUUUGUUCAGUUCUUAACAACAACAACAACAACAACAAAUUAAAACUGCAAAUAGUGCCCUGAAACUUUACAACCUUUAGUGGAAUAUUUUACCUAUGUCCAAACUGCAUUUUAUAGCAUUUUGUAGUUGACUACGUAGCUACUGUGUGAUUUUUCAAGAGCUACACUACACUACACUACACUACACUUUGCAGAAGCUUUAAAGCAUGGCCAGAUGAUCUGGUGCUAAAUUUCGCUGCCCUAGAACUGCCGCAGUGCCUCUGCAGCACAAGAGUGUUACACAGAACCCCUUUUCAGUUCACUGUGUGACGUGAUGAUGCCAUUAGCCUUCCUACACUAUCUGAAGUGCUGUCAAAUUGCUGCAACCUAGUGCUGGCAAGGAAGUAUAGCAAGCUCUUUUGUGCUUAGUUCUAACAGCAAGUGGACAUGACUAUUCAACUAUGCUAUGCUUGAACUGAAAAACAUCAUCCGGCCCUUGGCAUAUAUGUGGAAGUUUCCUUUUCACAUCUGUAUUUCAGUUAUUCACAUUUAAUUAAACACAUCUGCAGAUAAAGGAUACUUUGAAACUAAUUCUAAUUUCAUUAGUUUAGACCUUUCUUUAAUAAUUACCAGUCUCUCAUAAUUACGUCUUUGGAAAUCUGUAUUUUAGGAGGGCACCAAGGCACGGCAUGGGAGUUCAUGGCCUGCAUUUCUCAAUAUUGUUUAUGUUAAUUGCAGCUUGGGUGGAACCUGUAGCGGUUGCUUCUCGGGGCGGGGGGGGGGGGAGCGUGGAGGCAGUCUUAUGGUACCUGUAUAUUUUUUCACACUUUUGUAGUUUUGGGGGAAUUUUAAUUGGAAAAAAUAGGGGCAUUAACCCAUCUUUUCCUUCCCCUCCAGCACAAUAGUCCUGGUCUGACUUACUCCCUUUUCUAUUCCUCCCUGACUGCACAAGUGCUAUUAAUCUUUUUCAAAACAUAAGAGUGCAUUUAGUAUGACCUUAAUAAGGUGAUUAUCUUUGUGUUUUUCUAAUGUGUGUGAUUAUUUCAAGAGGCCAAUCUGUAUUUAAGCUAUCUAUGCUAUUGUAUGUUGUCCCAGGUAUUUUAGGCAGCAUAUACCACAAACAGUGUUUUGAUGACUUUUGUAAAUGUGCCUUCCUAAUGUAUGGAAAUUAUUUUUAUACAGUUUCCUGCAGUUAACCAUCCACAGUCUUUAGAAAGGAGAUAUUUAGGAAUCUUAAGUGGUGUUUUACUUGACCUUAUGAAGGUAAGAAUAUUGCCAUUCUAUGUAUUAUUGUUUCUAUGUUCCACUGCUGUUCUGAUGUUAAUAGUAAAUCUGCGUGAUGCUGAUUUCUUUUUCAAAUCAGCUUCAAAUAUUUGAAACGGUACCAGGGAUACUUCAGGGGAAUUAUGCCUUUUGUUGAGUAUUACUCUAUUUUUAAAAAAUAGAAAAUUGUAUUUUUCAUUCAUUAUUUUUGUCUGUGAAAGCCAUGUAAUUCUACUAUUUACCACAAUGUAGACCUCUUUUCAGGUGAUACAAAAAACUGAAUUUAGUCCACAUUAAUAUAAAUAAUGUGUUAACACGUUAGCAAUAGAGAUAAUGGUGUUUAUUUCAGUAAGUGCCUUCUCCAGCUUAUUAAAAUAAAUGAAUAACCAGAGGAACAAAAUGAUUUUGUGAAACUUAAGUUUUUUAGGAGCCAGAUAGAAAAUAAAAUAUAUUUCCUACCUUCUACAGCAACCCAACUGCUUGUUAUCAGGCCCAAAUGUUAUAGGUUCCAGUGGCUACUGGGCCCCAGGGUUAUUCAUGCUGAAUACAUCUACAUCAGUUUGUAGCAUGAGUUUUUCACAAUAGUUAUAGCACUUAGAAUCAAUGUUUUAAAUACAAGAUAGAGGAAAAAUAGGCAAAUAGUUUAAAAUAGUUUUCAGUUGCACAAAAUACUUCUUAGAAAUUGCAGUGUUUAAAUAUUAAUUGGCCAAAUACUUUUUGCUUCCAAAUGGUAUACAACUCAGCUUUAUUACUUAAACCCAAAUUUCUGUUCAAAAGAACUUACUGAAACUGGAUCCAGCUGACAGAUACUUAACAGAGCAGUGUCUGAACCACCCAGCAUUUCAAACUCAGAGGCUCUUGGAUCGUUCACCUUCACGGUCAACUAAAAGAAAACCUUACCAUGGAGAUAGUAACACCUUAUCCAACAGGUAAGUGCAAACCAUCUCUGCCACCAGGAUAUUGGGAUAUUGAUGCCCUAGCAAUUCACAUGUCCACUGGACUUAAUGGAAACUGUUGCCUGUUAACUGGGCACAGUGACUCAUGUGAAGAGUACCUUCUGUGUUGAUGACAGUUGCUGUUCCAUUUGUGUCUUUGAGCCUCCUAUACCUGAAUCAUAUCAGGAGUGAACAAAGUACUCUUCAUUGCUUCUUUGUUCAUUUUGAUUCUGUGCAUCUUUUACUUUUAAAAACUUGAUCUUGUGGGUUCUCCUUUAAUUGUUCUAACUUACUAGGCACUUGGAACAAACAAGUUAGCCACCUCAGUGCCAACAGUCUCCAGUCCAUGCUGUAUGUAAGCAAAUCUUAAACACCAAGUUUACUGAAGCAACUGGUUUUUAAAGGUAGAAAUUAACAUGUGUUUUCUCUGUGUUUUAUAAUAUAGAACUCAAGCUAGCAAAAGUACUGCUGUACAGUCUCAUCACAGAUCAAACAGCAAAGAUAUACAGAAUAUAGGAGUUGGAUUGCAGAGAGAAGAAGUUCUUCCAUCAAAUGAAAGCUUUCUAAAUGGAAAUAUGCCUGUUGCUUCACAUAGCCCAAUGCUUUCAAAAAAGCCAACUAACGCUCCUGGAUCUGGAAGCAAGGAUCUAGCUAAUAACAACAUCCCACACCUCCUCAGUCCAAAAGAAGCAAAGACAAAAACUGAAUUUGAUUUUAAUUCGGAUCCUAAAGCAUCUGAUGGUCCAGGUACAAAAUACUUGAAGUCAAAUUCCAGAUCUCAGCACAACCGUCACUCAUUUAUGGAGAGUUCUCAGAGCAAAACUGGCACGCUGCAACCAGGCGAAAGGCAUAGCCGUCACAGUUACAUUGAUACUAUUCCUCAGUCUUCAAAGAGUCCCUCAUAUCGAACAAAGUCAAAAAGUCAUGGGGCUCUGACAGAUUCCAAAUCUGUGGGUAAUCUUUCCGAGGCCAGGGUUCAAGUUGCAGAACCAAACAACAGUAGGUAUUUUCCAUCCAGCUGCUUGGACUUGAACUCUCCUACCACACCAACACCUCCACGCCAUGCUGACAACAGGACUUUGCUGAGUCCUUCUGCAAGAAAUAACAGAAGUGACGGUACGCUUGAAUCGCGAAGACCAUCUACAAGACAUUCCAAAACUAUGGAGGAGCUGAAAUUGCCAGAUCACAUGGAUGGAAGCCAUUCACACUCUUUAUCUGCUCCCCAUGAAUCUUUUUCUUACGGUUUAGGUUAUACAAGUCCCUUUUCUUCACAGCAGCGCCCUCAUAGACAUUCUAUGUAUGUGAGCCGGGACAGAGUGAGGACCAAGGGCUCAGAGGGUGGCUUAAGCGUAGGGCAAGGGAUGGCAGCCAGAGCAAACAGCCUGCAACUAUUAUCUCCACAGGUGCAGCAUAAGUCACUCACAAGAUCUGUUGGCUCCUCCCGUGAAGACUGUACAGAAGACACCAGUAGGGUUAGUUUGAAUUUUGAGUGUUGGAGAGACUCCUCUUCCCCAUUUUGUAUGUCUGUCAUGAGUGAGCAUAUAACUAAAUUGUUAAAUGUAGGAAUUACUUUUACCCUACCCUGGGAACACCCACUUUGAUAUCCAUUUAGAACUUUUACUUUAUUAUAAAAAUAGGUGAAACCUGUUAAAUGCUUGAAAUUAUUUAUUACAUUUAUAUCCCAGCCUUCUUCGAAGGAGCUCAAGGUGAUGUGCAUUGUUCUCCGUAGCCUUCACAAUCCUGAAUGUUGCAUGUGUCAUAAGGCUAUUACUUUGUGUUGAUAAUAGUUUUACCCAGAUUUUUGAAUACAUUUUUUAAAAUAAUAGUUUUGAGCAGUAGUUGAUCUUUGGAUAAGUACAGGCAGAUUUUAGAUAGGAGAAAUUCAAAUAAAUUAUUGGUAUUUCUUCACCUUUCCUUUGAAGAGCAAACAACUAGGCUACACCUAGCAUAGGUUAAAACAGCCCAUGAAAACAUGCCAUAUGUCAGGCAUGGGGAACCUAUGGCCCAACAAGGGUCCUAAUUUGGCCUUCAGGUGUGGCCACAACUCCAAAGGAACAUUCAGGAAAGUUAGUGCACUCAUUGUACAUCUGCAAGCAAGACAGCAGCCUUUAAUUUUUUUUGCCGUAUACAAACUGACUGGGAAGAGCUCCACUUGAAGCCAGGGAUGCAAAAGAUCUUCCAAGCUGUGCCUGCAAAGGAAGAAAUGAAAUGAUUGGGUGUGCUCUUGAUUCUUUACAUUAAGGUUUAGUCACUUGAUGUCAUGGUGACAUCAGGCGACUGACAGGUCAAAGUAGCCAAUGGGCUAGGGGAGCUGAGGGUUCUACUUACAGGCCAGGUUCUGUUCCUCACUCCUGCCAUUGGCACUUGUACUUAAAGAAAGGAUAGAACUUCCACAGGUUUUUAAAAAUGAGAGACAAACAGCAGGGAAGAGCACUUGGAAACAGGUUCACUAGCUGAUACCUUGGUAUUAACUAGCAGGGAUGCUCUUACAUAGUCAUUGGUCUGGGAGUUGCAAUAUGCUGGAGAGGUAGCAGAAAGAGGAGAAAACAGGAAGGAAGUUGAAGCGAAGGAGUCUAGAUGAUGGGAGCAGUGGGAGGUUUUCUAAUGUUUUGGAAAAAUUGGUCUAGCUAGAGGAAGCACUCCUAAAACAAAAUCUUAAAUCUGUAAUUUUAUGCGGUAAGCAGGCAUAGCCAAACUCAGCCAUCCGGAUGUUUUGGGACUACAACUCCCAUCAUCCCUAGCUAACAGGACCAGUGGUCAGGGAUGAUGGGAGUUGUAGUCCCAAAACAUCUGGAGGGCUGAGUUUGCCUUUGCAUUUGUUUUAGCCAUGUACCUUGUGAUAGUUUUUGAGUGGGGGGGGGACUUUGAAGGUGUCUGAUUUACAUAGGGCACACUAAUUGUGUCAGUUUUUAUGUGCUGCGGUUUUCAGGACACAUUUCUAGGCAAAACAGCGCAGGUUGCAACUACAAACCAUUCAGAGGGGUGCAAACCAUUCAGAUCCUUCAACUUGGUUAAUUAGACCAGUCUUUGUAUGUUUAAGAAACGCAUCUACUUCAGUGGGUAGAAACUGUGGGUUAGGAGUGCAAACAGUAUCAGACUCCUGGAAUUUUAAGUAGUUUUUCAAAAUAUGUACAGUUCUAUGCAAUUGCACUUUUAACUGGUAAAGACAGCCAGUAAAUGUGAAUUGGCUUCAGUAUUCAGGUGCUCCGAUAAAAUAAUACUAGAACUAUAAACAGGCAUUGUUGUGAAUACAGGCAACGACUGUUUUAGGCACGUCUAAUUGACUGUGCACGCGGGCAUCACAUUGACCCCCAAAAUGGCUGGAAAAGAGGGCAGAACGGGCUUACACAUGCUCCGCUGAUGCGCACAGGGACCAGGAACAGAACCCCUGUACAGAACGGUUGUUGCCUGUAGAGAAUAUAUGAUGGUCACUGUAGCAAACUGUAUGGCAGUUGUUGUCAUUGUCAUCAUCUGUUUUUCAACUUUUAACCAGCCUUUUCUCUCACUUAUUAGUGGAAUUUGUGGAGGCGUUAAUAUUUGUUCUAGUUCAGGCUGUUUUUAAGACAAUAUGGGGGCAUAUUUUAGAUACGGUAUUCCUCUGUUACUGAGCCUCCAGGAUGGGGUGGAUUUAGUAAUAAGUAAUUGUGUUUUUCUUUCAUUGUUGUCACCGGACUGUCCAGAUUUGAUUGCAAGAGCUCUAGGGUGGGUGCUGUGCCCUUUUUAAUUCAUGAAAAAAUAAAAUGUAGUCACUUUACAGUUCUUAACAUACAGCUUUGGAACAAAUAUCAUUUAACAUAAUCCUUUUGUUUAUUGUGUGGAGGCAAGUUUCAUUUUAACAAAUACUCAUAAAUGUAGAGUGAGGUUAUGGGCAGAUUCCUUCUUGUCCUGCUACAUACCAAUGGAGAACAGAGCUCUUUGGCUUAACAAACUGAUUGUUCUUUUAUUUAGGGUGGAGCAUAUCAUGAUCAGCACACAGAUGAUGGAGCAUCCACAAAAGAAAAUAGACUUCUGUAUAAUGAUCCUGUACCUAGGAGAGUUGGUAGCUUUUACAGAGGUAUUUUUUAUCUCAUGGAAUUUGAUCAAUAUUUCUUCCAUUGUUCAGAUAAAAGAUACUACCUAUUUAACUUGGGAACUGAUUUCACUCUUUCCCCAGGCAGACAAACCCAGGACAGGUGGGAGGAGCCUUCUGUCCUUGGAAAGCUAGGCAAGACUUAAAGAUGAAAAUCCUUUUGUUUUAGUAGAGGUUCCUUUCCUUCUUCUACAACUUUUGCUUCUACUUGUGGGUAGAUAUGCAGGGUUUGGCUGCACCUUUAGACUUGUGUUCAGUUAAGUAGUCUUACAGACCGAACCUAAGCAUGUUUACUCAGAAAUAAGUACUAUUGUGUUCAGCAUGCAGACUCAUAACAUGUGCAUAGGACUGCAGCCUUGGUUAUAGCUUUUUGUGUUGCACCUUUUUGAGAGAGUAGCUUAGAAAUAAUACAACAGAGGUUUUUUGUAUUAACUUACUUGCGACAUUCAGAAAUACCAACAUAUCUUGGUUUGCCAUUACGCGCAGUUUUUCACAUUUAGAUAAAAUUGCAAACUGUGGCUUGCAGCAAAUUAGAAAAGGAAACUGCUAACUUCUACUUUCAUGUGUGAAGGAGGGAAGAGUAUGUAUGAUUACCACAUCUCCUAUGAAUUGGGCCUUAGUCUAGGCUCUGGACAGAUGAACUUCUUUUCAGACAUGACUGCAGCUACAAGAAAUAAUUGGUGUGAUUCAUCCACAUUUCUGAAUGCUGGAAUCCCAUUGUCUUUGGAGGGAAAGGUCAGCCUGUCCCAUUGAAAUUAGUGGUAUUUUAAAAUACCAAACUUUCUAUUCCUUUCAAAUAUAUACUUAAAUUUGAAAUAUUUUACUAAUGGGAUAUAUGUAUAUGUGUGCAGUAUUUAUGAAAUGAAAUGGCUUUAAGCUUAAAUUUAAAGUAGUCCUCUGAAUUCUCUUUGGUUUUCCAUCUCAGUAUUUAGUUUACGCCUGCUUGUAACCUAUUGAAUAUAUUUGGGUCCUGUUCAUUUGGUAUUGGAUAUAAAGGUUGCACCCUAUCUCUCCUUUUUCUCUGUCACUUGUAUAUCUCUGUCACUUGGUAGUGUACGACUUCAGUUUAUCCAGAUUUUUAAAAAUUACUCUAAACAUAGACAUAUGAGCACCUCUGACAGGUUAUGUUUGGAUGUAAAUAAUUUGACCAUUCAAACUCAUAGGUAGUAUUUGUCCAAAACCAUAAAUGUUGGUUUAUAAUUACAGAAAGGAGCCUAUGUAAGCCUAACACAUGCAUGCUGUUUCUUCCCCAGUGUGGCUGCAAGGAGGAGACUGGAAGGUUUCACUUCCAUUUUAAGUUAACCACAGUUUACCCAUUAUGCAGUUAAUCUUAGUUAUGGUUUAUUGAAGCAAGCUAGCUUGGAGGAACAAAAUGACUUUUUUCAAAAACUGUUGCUACCCUUUGAUACUGAGGGGCUUUAUUCUCCCUAUCCUGUGUCAGUAUUGUAAUACUUUCUAAGAGUGUGAUAUUAAAUGUUGAAUAUCAAGACUGAAGUGCCUAAGUAAUAUAGGCCUGGAAAUUACAGGCAUGUCCAUCUUAACUUUUCUAAAUUGCCAACAAUCACACACAGCACGGUCACACAUUAAUAAUCAUCCAGGAAUUGACACUCUGCAAGAAUCUGAAGAUUCUUAUUAGAGUUAAAAUAGUGUAAUUAAGGGACUGGUUAGACAAACGAAUCUACUAAAUUAUUGGGAUAUUGGAGAAAAUGGUUUUAAUUUCUUCAACUUGAGAAGUUUAGUUUGCUUUUUGUGGCAAUAUAGCAAUGUCAUCAACAUCAUAAUUUAUUAGUUACGUUUCUCACAAAAGUGACUCAAAAAGAUUUACAGUGCCUUCAGAUUUAGUCUAGAAGCCUGUAGUCCUUUGGAACCACAUUCUCUCUUCUAUUAUGCUGAGUAUUUGAAUUGAAUACUUUGUCCAACUGUUGGUGCUUAACAUUAUUACAGAUAAAUUGCUGUCAGUUGCCCAUGUAAGAACCUAUGCUCUACAGUAGAAGGUGAUUCUGAAUUCAGUCAGAGGCCUCAGAUCUUGUUGAUUCAACAGAAAAUUCUGCCCGUUCACACUGGCCUCCUAACCUGUCUGCUCAAAUGCGAGCUUUGUGCAUAUGUGUUGGAGCGUCCCUACAUGAAGUGAAAUGUUGUAGUCAUUUUUCUUUAGCCUUUUUCUUUCGGUUCUGCUCCAUCUUUAUGUGCACUUUGUACAAAGUCACAUUUUAUUGGUUCAGUGAGAUUCUUUGGUGGCAAAGAGGUUGAUACUUAACACACUUGAAAUCCCUCCGUUCUUUUUGUUGAGCAGUGGGCAGAGGGAGGUCAGUGUGUAAGGACAAACUUACUUUAUGGAAGAAAAGUCUCAUACAAAUUUUAUUUGGCAGAAGUAUGGAUUUGUUUCAGUACUAAAGCUCAAGUACUUCCAUUAGUUUUUGAUUUACCUACCUUUCAACUCUUUUUGUCUUUUGUUUCCUACCCUCUUUUCUUCUUUCUCUUCUCUCUACUGAUGUGUCCUCCCUGUCCUCAUUGUAAGUUUCUCAUUGUCUUUUGCAUUGUUGUUUUGCUUGAAUUGUAUUCAUUUGUUAAAAUUAAAGGAAUAAAUAUCACCAACUUUUAAAAAUGUAACUUCAGGGUUGUAAAAAUACACAAAUCCAUAAAUGGCAUUUACGUGCUGCUAUAUUAGUUCUAUGUUUUGUUCAUACUCAUUUAAAUACAAUCUAUGUUGCUUAUGCAUGCUUAUACAUUUCUUAUUAUUAAGCCCUUCGUGUUUGUUACUAGUUUUAUUUCAUAGCUGAAAUGCUUCUUUCAGAAGUAAACUUCUCUUGAAAGUUUUCAGCCGUAUUUCCUAAAGAGGUUUCGGCUGCUAUCCCCCAAUUUGCCAUCCGACUUACAGGAGCAAAUUGAAUAAGCCGGUUAUGUUUUCCACAUGCUAAAACCUAGUGUCUUUUCAUUCAUUUCUCAAUUCUGAUAGGAUGUCAUGCUUUGUAAAUAAUCAGCAUGGUAAAUAGAGACAAAAGCUGGUGAGAUUCAGAUGAUGAUGGAUAUAUGGCAGCUUUGUAUUUAUUUAUUUUCAAUUACAGUCCCAUCUCCACGCCCAGAGGGAACAUUCCUAGAUAAUAGUGCCUCAAACAGAAUACCUUCGCUACCAGCAGAAAGUAGUAGUGUAACAAGCCACUCAAAGAGACAAACUGCUUUUGAUCCCUGGUAAGUUGGUGUGUUUCAGGGAUGUUUUAAAACAGAACAGGUGAUGGGAAAGGGUGUUCACUUAACAAUUUCUAUUUUCUUGAACCUUUUAUUGCUGCGCAUUUCAUUGGUAUUCCUAUAUUAUUAACAUGUUUAAGUCAGACUCAUGGUGAAUUAUUUAGUUUCCAAAACUAAAUCUUUUAAGUGAAACGUUCAAGUGUUUUUCUGAAUUAGGCCUCUAGGCAAAGUAAUGUUAAUAUAAUCAGUCAACACAAAAAAAUUAUUGGUAGCACAUGUAGGUUACACAAAACCCCUGAACAGUGGUCUGAGCUAAUGUCGUCAGCCCGUACAUGUGCCUAGAGUUCCUUAGCAAAUGCACUGGGAACACCUGCCAGAACUCAUUGUGGGUUUGGGUAAGUCUUACUCCUCACCUCUGGCCCCCAAAAUUUGCUUUCCUUUUUGCACUGCUUAUUUUCUAUCAUGAAAAUCUAGAUUAGAAUUCAGGUGCAGCCCUAUAUGUUUUAGGACUUUUGAGGCCUGAGGAGAUUCUUCAUACCCAUUCCUGUGAAAAUGAUGACUCCGUAAGAUAAUCCAAUGUAAAAAAAAAAAUUUUUUUUGCUAAAGUUGGCUUUCUGUUUGUUUGUUUUUCCCCUCUGUGUUAAGGAAAAGUCCUGAAAAUGCUCAUUCUGAGCAACUAAAGGAAAAAGAAAAGCAAGGGUUUUUCAGGGCGAUAAAGAAGAAGAAAAAGAAAUCUCAAUCUGUAAGUAAUUUCAGUUUCCUAUUUUUAAAAAGUUUGUUUUUAUGUCAUAGUUUUAUCAAGCAUCAGUUUUCCUUUUCAGAUGUUUACACUUAUCUGCAUAUAAACAUUUUAGGCUGAAAUCUGUAGAGCUACUUAGACUUACAUAAUUGGUUUAUGCUGACCAGCAGAAUUUCUCACUUUAGAGAGUUGACUCCAAGAUGAUCACAACUUGCUUUUGAAGCUCAUAAUAUCAAAAGCAAUUUACUAUGUGGGCAAGGGAAGUAGAGUGCUGUAAUUCAAGAAAAAUACCUAAAGCCACCCCCGCUUGGGCUCAGGAAACUAGUUUCACAGUUGUCAGCUAUAUAAUUAUUCAUAUCUGAAAACAAAAGUAUCUGAAGGAUUACUUCCGUGGAAAUAUUUUCUUUUGAAGUCUAUAGUAUGGCAAGACUAAACAAAGAAUGCUAACAAGCUGAGUCUUCAUCCAGACAAGGCAGAAGUACUGCUGGUCAAUAGACAAACUGAUCCAUGAGUAGAAGUACAAAGUGUUCUGGAUGGGCUUGCGCUUGCUCUGAAUAACCAGUUUCAUAGCUUGGGAGAUGCUUCUAAAUAUGCUCUCUGUUCUGGCUGGUUGGUGUGGAGACGAGGGGAAUGAUUGGUCUUAUCAUACCCACAUGCAUAACCUUCAGUCUUAUUCAUGAUCAAUACACCAUAAUAGUAUCCCAGAUCAUGAUGAUAUGCUGAACAGAUUAAAAUGCAUUUGAUAAAAACAGUAAAUACCAGUUAGUGCAGUAUUGUUCGAACAAUAAAUUCUUUCAGCAGAUAUAAUGAAGGUAGCUUAAAAGGGGGAUUUCUGCAUUUUUAAAAAUGUUGUAUUUAGCAUUGUAUGCGUCUUGAUUUUUAGAGAUCUCCAAUUAAUUUACAAAGAAAGGCAUUUAUGCAAACAGUUGAGCAAUAAAAUAGCUAAACUAGAAUUGGAAUGAGGCAGGCUAGACCCGGAAAAAAUUUAUUGCAUAAAUUUUACAGGGUAAUGUAUUAGGAAUUAACUAAUUAAAAAGCAUAUUUUUGUAUGAGAAUGGGUGAUGCAUCUGCAUGCAUGCAUAUGCUGUUUUAAUAUCAAAUAAUGAGUGCAGUGAAAGCAUGUGGUUAGAAUUCAUAUUCUCUGGUAAAUGGUAUUUAAUUUACAUAGAAAUAAGUGGCAUUAGUGUUUAUAGUAUUGUAAUACCUGCAGCAAUAUAGCUGAUAUCUUAAAUGAUUAUUGUAUUUAGCAUGCUGAAUUCUCAUUUGGAAACACAACUUUGAACAUAGUUUGGUUGAAAUUCCAUUGGAUUUCUUUUUUCUAACUGUUACUGUAUACCAAUUUAAGUCUGGAUAAAAUGGAUAACAUGUUUAAUAUGGCUUCAUAAUUGCCAUGUUUUGGGUGAGCAUGCUACAAGUCACACUCAUGUGAAUGAGCAUUAUCUGGUCUUGUGAUAUCUGCAUUCUCACAUUUAACCACUUUCGUUAAACUCUGCAGUCUCAUGCCCAUUUCCCCCAUUUUCUGCCAACCCACCUUUGUUCUUGUGAGCAAGUAUUAUUGCAUGGAUACAAACCCAUAAUGUAGUGCAGUUAGACAAAAUUAAAGCUGGGAAAUGUUUCCUUGGAAAUUGCUGAUGUGGGCUAAAAAUGAGUUGAAAGGAGAAUUUAGCUUCUGUUGCAUGUAUCUAACAUAAUGGAAAUAUCUAUAGUUAGAUAUUGGCAAAACUUUACCUAUUGUUUCAGUAAAGGAUCAUAAUCUGCUAAGACAUUGUGACUCAACCCAAGAUACUGGUCUGUGAGACAGUUUAGAUCAAAGCUUCUGUUCACCAUGGCUAGAUCAGUGUGCAAAGCUGUCAUAUGGCACAGAAAUGAGAAAAUAAGCAAUAUGCUGUGCAUUGGAUCUGGGGCUUUUUGUGUGCCAAUCUGUAAAAUUUUGGCCAUUAUGGAGCCAGCUACAAAUCAGUGUGCCUGGUUAUUGUAAUGAAUUAUUGUACAGUAAUAAAGACCACAUAGCUGUACAUAGAAACUGGUGUAAAUCAACAGCUAUAGGACGUCAGCAUAAUUGCCGCAACUGCUUCAUAUUCAGUGGUGAAAAUAUUUUGUGCUAGCUUUAUUUGCCUAUUUCAAGCUAGCACAAUGCUUUGCCAUAAGAACAUUUCUCACUGGUUUCUUUCUGAAACAGAGGCAAAGAGAGUGGCUUAGUUGUUAAAAUAUGUUGGAAUAGCACUAGGGAGAACUCAGGUUAAAUAUCCAGUCUUACCUACUACACAGGAUAAUUGUGAGUGCAAAAUUAGGGAAAGAGCAUGUUGGACACUGUGAGAAGGGGGAAUUAUAGUAUGGAAUACAUAUUUGCAGAAAAAAAUAAAAGAAUAACAAAACAACAACAAUCACCUCUAUUGCAGUCACUUUGGAUCCUCCCUACUACUAUGAAAAGAAGAUUUCAGGAUGCUAAGUAGCAAAGCUAUUUUUUCCGAGCAGUUUUAUUUGCAACUGCUGGCCUGUGAUUAAGAAUUGGCACAUAACACUGUAGUGCACCUAAGUUUUUCAUAGCCUGCAGAUAAUUUAUUUCUCCCAUAUAAUUCCUUCUGAAAUACAUAUGUCAGCUACAAGGCAUAUGCAGAGCACAACUCCUAUACAUAUGUACUUCAGAUUAAAUUCACUGUGCUCAGUGAGGUUUAUAGCCUAGGAAUUAGGAUUGCAGCCUUGGACAUGCAUUUUCAUUGAAGGGUGUAUUUCUCUUAUUGUUUGAUAAUUAGUUUAGUUAAUAAAAUGAAACUAGCUAUAACUUUAGUUAAGUGCAUACUAGGAGUCAGUUGCUACUUUGCAUGCAAGUAAACCCUUUUCUAAUUUCUCUUACCACUUGCUGCAUCUGGAUAUAAUGAUCUUAAACAAUAAUGAUAUAAAACCCUACAUUGUGUAAGUAAACUGAUAAACAUUUUAUGCACCUUACUACAUGCAAAAUCAGCUAUCAUGAUUCUGCUAAGAGUUCAUAUGCUAAAUUCAAAAGCCUGGUUAAAUCAAUUCAUUCUGAACAUAAAAUACAUGCAUUCUUGACAGACACAUUCUUGAAAUGUGUUAAGUGGGCAGGUGUGUUUCUUCCAUAGACAUUUUUUUAUUCAGCAGAGCAAUUAAUCUUAUCUUGCCACAAUUAUAUAACAGCAGAUUUGGCAUAAGAAAUGGCUAACUUAUUAAAGUGUUCAUAUAUGUGCAGAUAAGAGACAUGGGUAGCUCUCCUGAAUUAUACUGUUAUUUAUGCAAUUAGUCUUUUAUCUUAUAUUGCAGACAGAAUCCACCAAGGCGGAGAAUCCAAGCAUCAAGAAAUCACUCUUUCCACUUUUUAGUACAAAGAAUCACUUAAAGCAUAGCUCUUCUUUGAAAAAGAUUCCUGUAGUCACUCUACCUAUGGUAUUGACUUUUAAAAAUGGUAGCACUGAAUUAAAAAAACAAACAAAUACUUCAGUAAAUUUAUUUUACUGACCACAACAGCAUGUAUUUUUCCCAUGGGAUCACAAGUCUCUUCAUGCAAGCUAAGCAUCUUGAGCCAGUUCCACAAAUUCAAAGAUUUUUUAAGUUUUCAAAACUUCCAAGAAGUGUGGCAUGGUUAUAUUUUGAAAAAUUAGGAAUAGAUGUUUGUAGCAAACCAUUAAAUGCAACAUCAUCUGAAAUCAGUCACAUGGUACUAAUGUUCAAAUUAUCCUUUCUUUAUAUUAUUUAGUUGAGUCUUGUUUACAUGGUUUGCCAUUUCUUUCCUUCGGCUUAAGCAAAAAGAAACUUCCUUUGAAAAAUGAAGCAACCUCUUAUUAACUUGAUUUGCCACAGAACUCUAUAUUGGUCUGUUUUUAAUAGCUUUAAUUUCCUUAGGUUUUGUGGUAAUUAGCCGCCUUGUUGUUUUGAUUGGCAGAAUAAAGGCUAAGCUCCCUACAUUUAAUGUCUUAACAAGUUUUUAAUCCUAAGAUUUAGUUGCUGAGAAAACACUAUCUAGCCAAUAAUUUCUCGUCCCUCCCCAAUAAUUCUAUGAAUACUCAAACCAUCCUGGUGAUGGGUUCAGCCAUCAUUUCCCCUUGCAACUAGUGUAGCACUACUUAGCAACCUGUGUGAUUAAAAACUUCAUUUUACUUGGUGGGGAAUAAAUUAUUUCCUUGCACAAAUAAUGUACAACUAACAGCCUGAUAACUCUCAAUUUAUAUAUUGAUCUUUUUUCUUUAGAAGAAAGAAAACAUGUUUUGUUUUUGUCUUUUGUGGAGGUGGCUCAUGAUCUUAAGAGCAGUAUGGAAUGCUGUGGAAAUGAGGAUGAAACACAACAAUGCACUUAUUUAACUGCUCUUUCUCUCUUACAGUGAUUUCACUAACAGCAUGUGAAUGCCUUAAAGGUGGAGGUUGUAACAAAUCUGCAUGGCAUCUACAAAUGUGAUUAUUAAUAUGGACAUAUUAAAGGGGCAUUGCAAUAACAGGCUUCACCUGCAUUGCUUUGAUCUGGGAAGCUGGGAGAAGGGAAGCAGUUUGGAACAUCUACUGCUUAGGAAUUGAUCAGCCCCCAAAAUCUUUCUGUGUUGCAGAUGCCUGGGAGUGAUAGUCAGGAUCUUUUGGCAUUACAGAAAGCUAUGCACUCAUCUAAUCACCCUGGCAGCAGGCAGAAGGAUUGGCAUUCUGAUAAGAUGACAGAAAUCCAAAGUCAUGUAAGUGAAAUUAUUGCUUCAUUCCAGUUUAAGGUCAGGGGAAUAGUAGGUAGGUCUGCUAAGUUGCAACCCAAAGUACCAGUAUAUACCUUUAUAUCAUAGGAUCAUAUGAAGCUUAUACUGCAUUCAGGUCGUUGGUCCAUCCACUGAGUACAGUACAUGCUGACUGAAUCUACUGCUUCUCUAACCCACUUUUCUCUGGGUUUUUAGUCCAGCCCUACUCUCUCUUUCAAGCAAGUAUCUAGGUAUGCCAAAAAGCAGGAUGGGGCGGAUGAAAGAACCAGAGAAAUGCUGAAGGGAGAAGAUAAAGCUGCCUUGUGUUUUGAUGUCACUGUCUUUCCUUCUUCUCUCCAGAAUCAGCCUAGAAUAGUUACGGUUGCCAGUCUCACAACCCAGAGGACCAUUUUUGCUUUAAUUCCACCGUGACCAGCAAUGUGUUGGACAGGGGGCAGUAUUUCAUUGUUGUUGUAAUUAGAAACUGUAUACAGUUGUACCUUGGAUCCCGAACACCUUGGGAGCUGAACGUUUUUGCUCCCGAACACUGCAAACCCAGAAGUGAGUGUUCCAGUUUGCAAACAUUCUUUGGAACCCGAACGUCCAACGUGGCUUCUGAUUGGCUGCAGGAGCUUGCUGCAGCUAAUCGGAAGCUGCGCCUUGGUUUCCAAAUGUUUUGGAAGUCGAACGGACUUCCAGAAUGGAUUCCAUUCGACUUCUGAGGUACUACUGUAUGUUACUUUACAUUAUUGGCAAAUACCCCAAAGCACAAUAGAAUACAUUCUGUGAUCAGAAUUGGGGGGAAAUCCAUAGUUUAAAGCAAGUCAGCAAUGUAGGAAAGAUAACACUUUCAAACCUUGAAACAGGCCUGGUUAAAGAACUGAAUUUUUAGGAGACAUUUGAAACAUGCAACUGAUGGUGCUUCCCAAAUCAUUUUUGGGAGAGUAUCCCAGAGGGUUGGUGCUGCAGGUGAAAAGGCCUUUUCUGAGAGGUUUCCAGAUGGCAAUAUGCUGGCCACAGUAUGACCAGCAGGGUCCCCUCUUAGGUUGAUCAGUAAAGGUUGAUUUGGCCUAUGGUAGAGGCAACCAGUACUUGGCCAUAGCUGCUCAACAGCAGCUAAGCGAGUUGCUGGCCACAUGUUCAUACUAGAAAAAGGUGUAAGGUAGCAGCUGAGACGGAGACAGGACACAUGAUCACAUGAAUGAUCAGCAGUUCCUUGUGCAGGGUGCUGACAUUAGCAGGCUUCAUGGAAAGCCUGCCUGGACUGCCAUAUCAUGGCUACCUCUACCCCUUUUGCUGCUACUCAGCAGUAGUGGACAGGUACUGUCUCCACCCCUGUUCUUUACUGAUGACAUUGGCAGCUUCAAAUGAGAAUUAGUUCCCCAAGGUUCUGACCUGGCUUCUUUAAUAACUACUCCGUUUGCCAAUUAGUGGCAUACUUUUUUGGAUGAUUUGAUGUCCUUUACAUUCCGCGGUAAAAUAUAAGAAUAGCCGUAAACUUCUGCUUCAUUUCACUCCUGAAGCAUAGGUGAAUUAUUUGCCAGAUCCUAUAACUGCUAGUGAGCUAUUGGCCACAUUCACAUGUCACUCUAAACUAUGGUGUGCAAUGUGCACGAUCCACACUGAGUGCUCCCCCUUUCUUCCUCCUACAUGGCCAGUAAGAUUCAAUCAGAUCCUUUCACUUCUGCUUUAGUUAGCCAGUUUGUCGUGUGAUCCAAGCUUGGAAUUGUGGUUAACACUAGCUGUGGUUAGUUUCAACAAGCCAGCUUCAGAAACCGUGGUUUAAAAUUGCCUUGUUUGAAAUGAACCGUAUUUCCUGUUUGCCACAUUGUGUUACACCAGCAACAAAAGUUUCUGAACUUCUUAUCUCAGACUCAUGGCCAGGAGGAGUCAGAAAUCUCAUAAGGAUAGAUAAGAAAGAGUACAGGAGAGGUUUCAGUUUCAAAUGUGAGGUGAUGAACUCUCAAAACACAGGUGAACUCCCUUCAGCUAGAUGUAAAUUGAUUUGCCAUCUGCAUUCCAUCCUGUCCAGCAAUGCUAAAAUGACCUCAGGAGAGGAGGCUAAAAGCACACCCCCUUAACUCAUAUGGAGAACUGGAGGUACUGGGAAGCCAUAGCUUCUGAGAAGUGCAGAGCAUGGCUGUUAUGGUAUUAUCCCAUAUGUUGUACUAGAUUGAAGUACAUAAUUUAGAAAUGUCUUGUGGAAAUUAGUCAUUCAAGACAGAUGGAUGUUCAGGGAUCUUACAUUGGAAAUAUCUUGAGUCUUAGCAGCUGUUUUUAAAAGUUUCAUUAUUUAUAAACUUAUUUCAACUGUUAUUUGGGUAUUUUUUAAUUAAUUGAAUAAAAUCUAUAUGAAGCUGUUGCAUCUAUUAGAAGGCAGCUAAAACUAACAAUAAUAAAGUGGUACUUUGGUUUUCAAACAUAAUCUGUUCUGGAAGACUGUUCGGCUUCCGAAACAUUCAAAAACCGAGGCGCAAAGGGCGGUCUGCAAUUGCAGUGGAGAAAAUUGAAAAAAAUGCAAUGGAAGCCGUUCGACUUCUAAGACGCGUUUGAAAACAGAAGCAUUUACUUCUGGGUUUCCAGCAUUCAAAAACCAGAAUGUUCAGCUUCCGAGAGAUACCACUGUAUAAGAAAUCAUCAAACCUGGUGGAAGAGUGAAGAAUAAUGUUUAUCAUUUAUAUCAAAAUUUGAGCACAGAAUCUUCAAGUAGAGAAAUGUUCAUUCUGCACGCAGAUGCUGAAAAUGCAAUAGUGUUUAAAACUAUAGAAUAUUAUAAAAACAUACUGGGGCACUGUAUUUCUAGACUAUACUUUCUUGAGUGAAAAGCGGAAAGUGGAUGGAAAAAGAAAUAUAUUGUAAAUAAUAUACUUACAGCUCAAAGCAUUAUUGAACAAAGGCUGUUUUCGGUGUUUAUAAGCAGAAAAGGGAGUACAAAUAAAUAAAAAUAACAAGGCCCAUGAAGUUUUCUUCUUUUUCUUUAGAGCCAGCCUUUAAAAUCCCUCCGCAAGUUGUUGCACCUUUCUUCAUCCUCAAACCAUUCAAUUCCUUCUGAACCUCGAUUCCAGCCCUUACCAAGUCAGCCAACUAAAACAUCUUUUUCUGAAGUUCGAAUUCAUCCCAUAAGUCAAGUUUCCUCCAGUAGCAGCAGCAACCUACGGCAGGAGUCCCAGUCAAAAGGCAGAACCACACUCCAGAUCCCGGGCCAGAUGGAACCCAGUUGGCAUGUUUCCCCAGUGAACAGGAGUGCCAAUGAUGGGACUUCAUACUCUGAUCAGAUGCCUUCUAAGAGUGGGCAAAAUGGUCAUACUUACAACCGAACAAAUAGAUCCCGAAUGCCAAACUUGAAUGAUUUGAAAGAGACAGCUUUGUAA